CCAAGGAGAAGGAAAGGAAUUCCACCUUCAGCAGCAAGGAGGCAAAGCAAAACGUUUCGCAAAGUUUUCUCCUCUCUCCAGCUUUGAUUUCCCACGAGGCAGAGAACGGCUUUGGCGUGCUCCGACGAAGAACUCGUUUGCCACUCCCGAGGGAGCAGGAAUCCUGCUCCGGAGCGCGCUCGGCGCGCGUUCCCGACGCCUGGUGCUGGUGGGAGAGAGAGUGAGAAGAGGUGGUGGCUUCUGGUAGUGACUUUUUUUUUUUUUUUGGUAAAGGAAGUGAAAAGGGUUGAAAAGUUGGGUUGCAAAGAAAAGUGCAAAGGGGGAAGCGAAGCUCGAGAAAACAAACCGGGCACGAUUGCCAAGGCGGUUGGAGAAAACAAAAAUAAAAAACAAAAAAUCUCCACCCACCUUCCUUCUCUUCCCCGGACGAAAUUAUGAGCUGGGAUUUGCAAUGAAAAAACAAUGGGGCCCAUUCCCAGCCCCUGCUGGUUUUGCAUUGGGUUCUUCUUGGUUUCGGUCUGGCUAGGAGUUGUUUGGAGCACGGAAGGUAAGUCUGAAUCCGUAUGUUUUGUUUUGCUUCUAUUUCUGUUUAUUGGGGCGGCGGGGGGAGAGAAGCAAAGAAAAGGAAGAGGGAAGGCGUCCAGGAAGGAAUCUCUCAGCCAGUUUUGCAACCAAGAAAGGGGGUUCCAAGUUGGAAGAAAUAAGAGAAAGGAGAGAAACUUAUGUGCGCAAACUUGUUGAUUUUCGGGUUUCGUUCGGGGCGGGAUUAUUUCAUUAAUUAGCCGCGUGUUUUUGAUUAAUUUAAUUAAUUCCUGGUCUCCGGGUCAACGCAGAUCGGAGUCGGUCGCCGGGGGGCGGGCGGGGUAUGGUGUGUUUUGUGUGUGUGUGUGUGGGGGGGGGUGAUCGACAAAAGCUCAGUUCUUUGCAUUGUUCCAAACGUUGUGGGAGGUGGGUCUGGGAAAUGGGGCCAGCGAGAAGUUUCUGCUCCUCUGAUCGUCGGUUGCGCCGAGAUUUCGGGCCACGCGCGCCUUCAAGGAAACGGGCCCAUUAAGAACUCGUUGGGGCGCGGAUUAGCUGCCCUUGAAGAUGUCGGCGGCCGCCCUCUCUGCCCCCCUUUUCGCCCCCCAAGCCCGGGCUGCAACGGGGAAAGGGCGCAUGUUUGCAGAGCCGCCCUUGCGACGCGUGUUUUUGCGCGGCUGGCGCAGGGCGCUUCUGAGACGCGUUAGCAAUUGCUUGCCAGCUGGGCGGUGGAGAGACAGCUCUACUCUCGAGUAGGUUAGGGCAGAGUUAAUCGAUGUAACCUUGUUUGGGUUACACACUGCAGUGGAUGUGUGUGUGUGAGAGAGAGAGAAGGCGAGGGUUUUGCCUCCUAAGGAGGAGGCGGGAGAUGGUGCUGGACGGAGCGGGACUUGUUCUUAUUCAGUCUCGACGAGUUAACGUGACUUAAAUCCCCAGCAGGCCACCCCCGCCGUGUGUCAAAACUUGCCGAAGGGCAUUGCUCCGGAGAUCCCAAAUGUCUUUCCUUAAAAACAUAAGAAGUGCCUUAUGGCAGGAGUGGGGAACCUUUGCCCCCACCCCCCAGAUGUUGCCCACCCGCAAGGAUGGCCAGUGGGGAAGGAGGAGAGGAGUUGAAGUACAGCAACAUCUGGAUGAGCACAGCUGUCUGUUCAAGAACUUUGUAAAUUUGCAAAUCAUCUGCAGAUCUUGGAGCGGUUGACCGCAUAAAAACAUAAUUUAAAAACCUGAAAAAAAUUAAAAAAUUCCUUCCGGUAGCACCUUAGAGACCAACUAAGUUUGUUAUUGGUAUGAGCUUUCAUGUGCAUGCACACUUCUUCAGAUACGUGCACAUGAAAGCUCAUACUAAUAACAAACUUAAUUGGUCUCUAAGGUGCUAUUGGAAGGAAUUUUUAAGUUUUGUUUUGAUUGUGGCAGACCAACACGGCUACCUACCUGUAAUGAAAAACAUAGUAAAAAUAAGAGCAGCAAGAAACUGAUAAUCCCUCCCAUUCCCAAAGGCUGGUUGAAAAGGAACAUUUUUGACUGGAGCCUAAAGGUGUAUAAAAGGAGAACUUCCCAGGGGAGAGUAUUCCACAAAUGGGGAGCCACUGCAGAAAAGGCCCGUUCUCGUGUUGCUACCCUCUGGACUUCUCAUGGAGGAGGCACACACAGAAGGGCCUCAGAAGAUGAUCUCAGGGUCCGGGUAGGUUCAUAUGGAAGGAGGCAGUCCUUGAGGUAUCAUAUUGUUGUAAGACUACAACUUCCGCCAUCCUGACCAUGGACUAUGCUGCCUUGGGUUGAUUGACAUGGGGAGUCCUGAAGCAAUAUGGAGAGCCACUGAUCCCCCAGGGCGAUCUACUCUAAAUGGGAUAGUAGCCUACAGUCUACUUUCUGCUUGUUUGUGAGCUAUGAAUUGUCCGGUUAUUUCAAUUUCCCAUUCAUUUCGCGGUAUUUUCUGUCUUGUGAGUGCGUCAUCCCUACCCCUUGGAUGGACUAUACCAUGGGUAGGCAAACUAAGGCCCGGGGGCCGGAUCCGGCCCAACCGCCUUCUAAAUCCGGCCCGUGGACAGUCUGGGAAUCAGCGUGUUUUUACAUGAGUAGAAUGUGUCCUUUUAUUUAAAAUGCAUCUCUGGGUUAUUUGUGGGGACUGCCUGGUGUUUUUAUAUGAGUAGAAUGUGUGCUUUUAUUUGAAAUGCAUCUGUGGGUUAUUUGUGGGGCAUAGGAAUUCGUUCAUUUCCCCCCAAAAAAUAUAGUCGUCCCCCCCAAAGUCUGAGGGACAGUGGACUGGCCCCCGGCUGAAAAAGUUUGCUGACCCCUGGACUAUACCAUUUUCAUGCUGAAUCCUCAAGUGCAGUUCAGCCCAAUUGCUUUGGGCCUGGGCUGACUGCUCGUGGAGGAUUGAAAAUAUAUAUAUGGUAUCCUUUCCCUUUAUUUUGCUGCUACAAGGGAAAUGGGGUGGGUAAAGGGUGCGUUAUGAUGAAAAACCGUGUCUUGUUGAGCUCUAAUACAUAUAUUGUGUGGGUGGUGAUUUUAAAUUGUUGUACACCACUCUGGGUGGUUCACCAGUUUUAAAAUCAAUAAAAUGAGGCUACAACCAGACAUUAAAAAACAGUCAAUGCAAGAAACUGAACCAGCACCAAAAAUUAACAUUAAACCAUCAGGAGGCAGUAAAAGAUCGAUAAAAAUGUGACACACAACCAGGAAAGGGGUGGGUGGACACAAAACUGAUCUAAGGACUAAAAUGCAGUAAAACCAUAGUUGUUAAACAGUAUGUGUGAGUAAAGAGAUAUAUACCUGGUGCUGGAAGUGUAGGUGUUCAGUGAGCCUCUCUGGAGGCGUAUUCCAUUGUCUUCUGAGAUGGACGGAUGCCAAUAAUACUGGUUCCAAAUCAUUUAGGGCUUAAAAAAAUUAAUACUAUCACUUUGAAUUGGACCAGUGCAGAUGAAAAAAACACUGGCAUACUAUGGCGUGGUAUCUGUCACCCUCCCCUUUGGGACUCUUGCUGCCCUGUUUUGAGCUAGCUGGAGUUUCCAGUCCUUUUUCAAAGGAAGCCCCACCACACAGGACCAUCCUUGGAGAGUAGGUGAAGAUAUGUAAAGCCAUCUUUAUUUAGGAGAGGUGAAGCACUGUAGCUUGGGGGGGGGGGGAGAUCAUCUGUUUUGCAUUUAAGGUUCCUGGUUUGAUCCCUGAACUCUCCAGGUGGGAGACAAUACGGAGUUAGAUGGACUGACUCAGUAUAAGAUAGUACGUUCCCAUAAGAGUUUUCAUCUGAUGAGUUUGAGCUGUUGUAAAACUGUGGGUUAAUUUUUGCGUUGUGGUUUCUAUGAUCGAUGUUCUUAAUUGUUUGAUUGCAAAACAAACAGAAAAAUGUUCAUAUAGUUCUGCUGCAAGGAACCCUGCCAAGGGAAGAAUCAAAUGCCGGAAUGGAACCAAGAGCACGAGCUGCAGGAAUUCAGCUGAUGAAGUUUUCCCGUACCUCUCAUGUUGUGUUCACGGGGACUUCACCAAUUAAAUUAUUCCAAGUUGAUGUUAAACGCAGAGGAGCAGGGCUGGUGCAAAACAAAGAGGUUGAAACUGUAUCCUGGAUGGUUUGAUAAGUGUUUACGGACUUGAUGCUGCCUCCCUGCAUCCCACAGUCACUGUUUAGUGCAGAGAUCGCGAAUAAUACUGAAGUGGGGGCCUUCUCACCACGUUGAUUGAGCUAGCUUUCUGUCUCUGGAAAUCUGAAGAGAUGUGCAUGUAGGAAUGGAGUCGUUAGUGUUGAGUGGGCUUUGCAUUUCGGCUUGGUUCUGCAUCUUGAAUGGAGAAUAUGAAUUCUGCCAGCAGCCCUGGCAAAUGGGCUUUAGUAAAUUGACACACACACACACACAAUUUAAAUGUUUAGAGUUGGGACUUAAGUUGGACCAAAGAUCUGACUUGAGUUGAUGAUGUUAUUUUAGGCAGGGAAGGAAAAUUUGAUGGGGUUUACUGGAAUGUUGCAAAACUUCUGAUGUGGCAAGGGAAGAUAUGCUAACAACAUGCUGUAAAUGACACAAAGGGGAUUAUUUGAUCAUCCAUUCUUGUCAUUACUGGCUCCUUGCUUUGCUGCGUGCUGUUCUUUGGCUCUUUUUACUGUGAAGUACAGCAGGCAAAGGCUGUGUUGUUUGUAAAUAAUUUUUUAAUCCCUUGGAUUUCGUCAUCUUUUGUUUUGUUUAAUAAUCCCGCUAAGAAAAUCCAGUGGUUGAGUUUCAAAGUGAGAGGUACUGGGGCUCAAAGACCUCUUCCUACCUCCAGGUGCAUGAGAAUUGUUUGUGGCCAGGGAUUUAAGAAAUGUGUUCACAACCCAGAUGGUCUUUCCCCCUGCACAUUAUAUUUUAAAUCAAUUAACACAGUCACGCAUAUUUGGAGAUUUGGGAAAUGUGUAGAAUUAGGAUGAACCAGUCAGUCAAAAAGUUGCCAAUGAAGGAGGCGGUUUUGAGUGCAUGUAGGUGUUGCUGCCUUUGUAUUGUUUGGCUGAAGAAUGCUGUAUGACUUGAAGGCUUGCAUACUCCAGAGGUAGACUUAAAUGCAGAUAGCUGUUGGGCUGUAAAAGCAUGGUGUGUUCUGCAGAUUCAAAUAAGACUUUAGCAGGGGUUCUGGUCGAGAGCAUGUGAAUGCCAAGAUUAUGCUUGGGCAGUCUCUGCAGUCUAAUAUGUAAUAUACUACAGUGAUGCUGGUCUACUUGGCAGGGUUGUUGGAAGCAGUGCUUUAAAAAGAGAGGGAGAAGGUGCCAGUACUCACCAUGAAGUUAUUACAGUAAGUGCCACAGUUUUAACAUUUGGCGGGAAAAGAUUCCAGUACUACGUACCCUUGAAAACCCCAGAAAAAAAGCACUGGUUGUAAGGAUUAUCGAGGUAAUCUGUGUGUCUUUUUUAAAAAGCUCUUGCAAAUCAUGAACAGACCCCAAAACCUAUUUGACAUACCCAAACCAGAUGCUACUUUCAUAGCUUUCCAAGAUUGACACAGAUAAUUCUGUGAGAGACUCCUAAGAAUUCCUACUUUUCUGAAAGUUUGUUUGCCAUGUCAAUAAAUGGUGACCGAGAGAUGCAACCCUUUGCUCAGAGCAGGGUGAACAUAGGGGAGCAGUGACCCAGAGCAAAGGUGUGAGACAAUAAUUUGGCAAGGUCCCAACUUGAUUUUCAUUCUUUAAUCUUCCUUUCUUCCUUGAGUUGGGAUAUUAGCAUGAGUUGGCGGGGGUGCACACACUCCCUUGACCUUAGUUAGCUUGUUUCCAUAGUGACCUUCAGGCUCCUGCCAGAACCUUCCCCCCAUCAAACCUCUCUUCUAUUGCAGCUGCCGUUAAAUAUUAAACUCUCUAAUGGUUUUACAGAGCAAGCAAGAAACCUUCAACCUCCCAACUCUCCACCAGUCUCUCUCCCCCAGCAACCCACCCCUGUUCCUUAAUAGCAGAAUGUGCUGGGUAAUUGUAACAGACAUUGCCAUGCUCUGAAAUCCCAGGGAUUCUUUAUCCUGUAAGAUGACCAAAAGAGGGAAGGGGAGAUAGAUAAGCACUACUCACUUACCACAGGCAGCUGGUGUCCCUGCCCCCAGACUGUUAAAAAAUGGUAAAGGUCCCCUGACAGUUAAGUCCAGUCGUGAACGACUUUGGGGUUGCGGGGUUCAUCUUCCUUUACUGGCCGAGGGAGCCGACAUUUGUCCGCAGACAGUUUUUCUGGGUCAUGUGGCCAGCAUGACUAAGCCGCUUCUGGCGAAACCAGAGCAGCGCACAGAAACGCCAUUUACCUUCCUGCCAGAGCGGUACCUAUUUAUCUACUUGCACUUUGACAUGUUUUUGAACUGCUAGGUUGGCAGGAGCUGGGACCGAACAAUGGGAGCUCACCCUGUCAUGGGGAUUCGAACUGCUGAGCUUCCGAUCGGCAAGCCCAAGGCUCAAUGGUUUACAUCACAGCGCCAGACUGUUACAGCUCCCCAAAUCCCUCAUAACGCUGCUCCAGCAGCAGCAGCAUGACUCAAGCGCUAUGCAUUGCCAUGCCAGUCUAGAAUUGCACCACAACUUCUUCUGUGUCAUUACAGGGGGUCCUGCGGUUCACUUGUUUUGACGACAUGCUAUUUUCUAGGUUUCCCUUAAAUAUACUGCUAUCUUAAGUGAUUGCACUUGGAAUAGUUUGUUUGUUGCUUAAAGCAUUCACCGAUUUGCUGUGUAGCUGUUUAGCUAUGAUAGAUCCAGUGGGGAAUGGAAUGUUCCGCGGGUUAUAGACAACCUGGGAUGGGGGACCUGUGACCUUGCAGAUGACUUUGGACUCCAUCUCCCAUCAGCCUCGGCCACCAUGGCUAAUGGUUAGGGAUGGUGGGAGUUGGAAGCCAGCAACAUCUGGAGGCCAACAGGUUCCCUGCCCCGGGGAAGUACCAAAACACUAGGGGGGGGGGUUGUUGUGAGUUGGAGGUUGAUUUAGCAAAUCAUUGAAUUGUACAGUCGGAAGGGGCUCCGAGGGUCAUCUAGUCCAACCCCUGCAAAUCCUACAUAGGUUUCUGUUUAGCCACUUGACUGGUCACUGUGCAGAAUAGAAACUCUUUCCCGUUGAACCCCUGCUAUCACAGAGCACUGUGUGUGCAGCUGCUACUUUGUUUUUCCCAGCGCUCUUAUCCUCCUCAGCAAGAUUAGAGAUCAAAGUACCAAGUCUGGAAGGGAAAUUGAGAGGCACUGCUAGUAGUGCCAUGCCACACGGGUGGCUGUUCCUUUUGGCUUCCUCUCCCUUCUGCUUCUGCUAAGUAAGAAUGCAGCUAGGAAGCCCACCAGCUUAGGAGGAGCCCCAGCAAAGCACAGUUUGCCAAGGGUUCCCUCAAAGCUGUUCAAGCAGGAGACAGAGAGUUGGAGGGUGAAUGGGUGCUUAUUAGACAGCAUCUGUCCAUCAACAUCUUUUAAAUUUCAUGCUUUGGUUUGCCAGAAUUCUGCCUCAGAGAAGUGGUCAGAUCUAGUGCCUUAUCUCCAUCCAUUCUGGCUCUGUUGAUGGGGUUCGCGAAGGGUGUGGAUCUUCUGUCCUUCCCUUGAGAACUCAUUCAUAGCACAAUUCCAUAAACCGAAAGAACUAGCAUGAUCUAGUCUACCAUGCUGUAUCCAACAGCAGCUAGAUGGGCAGAAUGUGAAGGUGACGGCCUUCGCCUGUUGUUUGCCUGUAGAAUCACCUGGCUUUUUAGAAAGAUGCUACUUCUUAACAUUGAUGUUCCAUUUGGCUAUUUUAGCUGUUCAUAGAUCUGUUAACCAAAUGCCUCGACAUUGUUUGAUCCUUCUGGAAAAACUCCCAGACCUAGUGACCAUCCUCACAUUGUGUUGUGCAGAAUUCCAUAGGUUAACUGUGCGUUGGGUGAAGAAGGAAAUGUUUACAGCGCUAUUCUAUGAGUCUUACCUGAAUUUCUUUUUUCUUUUUGUGUCUGCAAACAUGUGAAGCCUGAAGGUGGAGUGGGUGGAAAGGGGAAAUUCAGAAUAGGACAUACCAUAGCACUGAAGGCAGUGGAAUCAAAGGACUGGUGAUUUUUAGAAGGAGAAGUGGUUUGUGGGCUUUGUGCUUGGACCACACCUCUGCUUUGUACUCAGGUUGUGAUUUUAUUCAUUUAUUCAUUUGUACUUUAUUCAAUUUAUAUCCCGCCCUUCCUCCAGGGCGCAAAUCACUUGACCUUCAGGUCCAGCACUCUUGUUUUAAUACCUCUGGGAUGCUUACAAGCAGCGCACGAGGACAACAAUGUUCCCUUGUUGUUUAUCUGCAACAUCUGGUAUUCAGAAAUAUGCUGUGUCUGAAUACAGAGCUUCUAGUUAGCUAUGGUUUCUUCUGUUGGAAGAAUUGGGGUGGAGCCACAGAAAAGUAGACAUGAUUUAUAGCUCAUUUCUUGCAGGCACCUGGUGCCCUGUACAAUAGCAUACUAACUUUCCUUGCUGAAUUAAUUGAAAACAAGCGGGUCCACUUGCCUCAGCUGUAUUUGGUUUGUUUACAGAUGCCUAAUCCACUUUUAAAGUUUUUUUUUAAAAAAAGUGGUGCAAAGAGGAGAGCAUCUACGAAAGCUGUGGGCGCUCAGUCCGGAACUGAAUCUCACCAGCUGUAAUAAAGUUAAUUUUAAUGUGUCCUCCCACUCUUUUUAUACCAAGCACUAGAAAAGAGCCCAGGCCCUCUGUUUGUCUGGGUGGCCCAGGCCUGAGGCCUCUUACUGUUUGGUUGCUGGGAGACCACUGGCGGACACGCUGAGAACUCGGGCAGCUGGGAGUUGACUUUAUUACGGCCCCUUUUCAGUCGAUUGUCCCGUAGGAGAGUCCCCACUGAGCCCUAGAUGCCGAGGAAGCGAGACUGCUCUUUGGCAAGUGACAUGGCUGCUGUGCCUCGGCCAUGGUAGAAUUCCCCAUUCGGUGUCUGCCAUGGGCAAUGCACAACCAUAGAAUAUAUAGGGCUUCCUUUGGGAUGAAGAAUGCCAAAGGAGCAGGGUUUCUGAGACUGCUGUAAGGAUCCCCCAGCAAACGCUAGUCUCUUCCCCAUUUUGCUCUCUGUAGGAUGUGGGGACGGCACUUUUCUUCACAACUGUCUUUCCCAGUGUUGGGGUUCCUCAAAAACCUCCCACUUGUGUCUGGAAACUUAUCUGUAGUGUUUGCUGAAACUUGACACACUUUAUCGUAGCCUUGCUUACCAGACUGGUGUUUCUGUCCUUACGUGGGCAAGUAUUGAACCCCUUGCCUGCGGCUUAGUUUUCUUCCAAAACUAAGACCUUUCUCCUUCAGUCCUAUCAUCUGUAGACUUAGAUACCCUAACUAAUUUUGAGAUGCACCCUUCAAAACAUGGGGAGCUGUAAAUGUGCCUUUUUAAUAAAGAAAAGAAAAAGAAUGCUGAAUUUCACCAACCACACAUUUUAAAAACCGGGAGUUGAGAAAGAAGAGCACGCCUGUUACUUGCCCUGCCAAAUUUUGGUUUUUGUGCGGAUAGUGUCAUUUUUAUGGUGUAGCCACUAGGUGACCCUGAAUAUAGCUGUAUCUGGAUGAAGUCAAGUUUCCUGUGCUGUGUUGCUGUUGUUGAAAACGAGAUAAUAAAAGUUCUUGUCUAGCUUCCUGGUGUGACUUACCAGUGGCAGAGUGCAUUUAUCCAAAACCCUGUGAUUGAAUUGCAUGUCAGAGCUGACUCGGCUCUAAAAUGUCUGACGUAAAUUUGAAGUGGGUCUCUGAACACGCACAGAGUACAUUUCCCCUCUUUGUUGCUGUAUCAGCUCUCUCCCAUGUGAGAAUAUCUAGAAGGCACAAAGUUGUUUACCCCUGUGUAAAGAGACUGAGCUCUGUACCUAUCAAAUCCUUAGCAGCUCCUUCCUUUUCACAGCCUCUGCUAUACUGUAGGUCAGGGGUAAGCAACCUUUUUCAGCCAUGGGCCGGUCCACCGUCCCUCAGACCAUGUGGUGGGCUGGACUAUAUUUGGGGGGGGGGAAUGAACAAAUUCCUAUGCCCCACAAAUAACCCUGAGAUGCAUUUUAAAUAAAAGCACAUAUUCUUCUCAUGUAAAAACACCAGGCAGGCCCCGCAAAUAACCCAGAGAUGCAUUUUAAAUAAAAGGACACAUUCUACUCAUGUAAAAACACGCUGAUUCCCGGACCGUCUGCGGGCUGGAUUUAGAAGGCGACUGGGCCGGAUUCGGCCCACGGACCUUAGGUUGCCUACCCCUGCUGUAAGUCUUGAUCUCCCAGUGGCAACUGGGCUGGGUGAAGUGGGGGAGCUUAUCUUGAUUCUAGCUCCUUUAAGCUGCAUGGGCAUGCCCAAAAUGUGUAGAAGGUGGAGCAUGUCGGCUCCACCAGCAUUGCUUCAACGAGCCACUUUUCCUUUCUAAAACAUGCCCGGCUUGAAAAAGCAGUUUUGUUGUCAAACCCUGCCAAACCCGCCCGGGGGUAGUCUAAUGACACCAUUGAUCCAGGAGGGAGAAGGGUUGAGCCCCAGCUUCUGCUGUAGAAGUCAUUCCUCAAAGAAUCCCCCAAAAAGCCAAUCUAGGCCUCCACCCAUAAAUGCUUUCUUCAUUCUAAAAUGGAGAUUGUCUAGUGAAGUCACCUGCAAUAUUUUCAGAACUGGCACCUCAGUCCCAACCUGAAAAUCUAUAUUUAAUUUUCUUUCUUUCAUCUACCAUAAAUGUCCAUAUUUCUCCUUUGCUCUCAAGGAGGCUAGCUGCAAUUGGAGCAGGGCUCCUACAUCUGUCAAUAGUUGCAAAGCAGAUUAUGUUUUGAUGUUCUUUCUUAGUUGUAUAACUCUGUUGACCUAAAAAUUGGCAGGUGUAGCAUGUUGUGCAGGGAGGGGGCUCUACACCUGGAAAAAUCCCCCAAACUGUGUGACAUUUAGCAGUAAAGGGGUUCUGUGACCCUUUGUCAUCUGAUAAUACAAUCUAGAACAAACUAGUGGUUGUACUCGUGGUAAACUUCUAAUUUGAUUUAGAUGCUGUCAAAGUUCUAAUCUAUUAAUGGUGUAUAGUGGAUAAAAAUGCACACCGUUAGUAGGAGGAACCUUCAGUUCAGAUCCUGCCUCAGCCAUAAACUCUGUUAUGUUUAGUAAGGGGUUGUUUUUCUCUCGUUGUCAGUCAUUUGUAAGAUAAGCCUGUGGUGUUGUUGUUGCUGUUGCUGUUGCUGCUGCCUUUCCUGUGUUGCUGCUGGUUUACCGUCUAAGGCUGCUGUACCUAUUAUUUUACUGUGCCAAAAAUAUUUCUGCAACGUGAAGAUCCAAAUUCUGCCAUCGGUUGUCGUGCCAAAGUAGUUGUUUUAAUCAAUUGUCCAUAAUACAACUAGGGCUUGGGCAACUGCUUCUCCAUCCUAGGGCCAGUUCAUUAAAAUUAAGAUUUAGAGAGAAAAUACAUGCUCCUUGCAAGUGUGUGCUCGCCUUCUCUCUCUCCAGUUCUUUAUAUAAAAAUGACCAGUCCUUACAAUUUUUAAAAAUCCUCUUGAUUUUAAACAAAACUUGUUUCUGUGUUGCCAUACUGCAGGUCUAGACAGUUAGUGAAUCUACCAACCCAAACCUUGCUUACCAGCCUUGUAUUGUGGGUUGCCUGCCACUUGACCUGUGCAUUUACAGCCGCAAUCAGGCAGCACUAUCAGGUUAUAUAUUAUUCUGCCUGCUGGGCUGUUUGUUCAGCUUGGUAGGCCAGAAGUUGUGCACACCUGCUAUACUGUUUGGAAGUAUUGCUGGGUAGAAACUCUCAUAACAUCCACCAUUUUGGGGAAUAAAUAUCCUCUUCUUCUUCUCCUUUUCCUCCUCCUCCUCCUCAUUCCCAUAAGUACCUGGGCUACAUUGGGUUACAAUACAGUACAUUUCACAAAUGGACAAAGGGAUCCUUACAGAAAGGAUUCCUGCCUGAAUUGAUGCCUUUGCCAUUACUGACUUUCGAGGACUAUGUACUCUCCUGCAGACUGUACUCAUUUGCUGUGCAAAUAGCCUGCCCUACACCACUUUAAAAGCAGAAAAGGGUGUUUGUUCAUUUGGUUAAAGAUGCACUAGGAAGACACACUUGUGGUAAUACGUUACCAAUAACUCAAAGGGAAUCUUGCCAGCUGCAGAAUGUGAAAUGGAAAGCUGUAUCAAGCAUGAUACUUCAGUGUUCAUUGACAUUCAUGCCAACAAGAAUCCAGUCAGAGAUUUUGCUUCUUAAAAGUCCUGGCUGGGGUGGGUGGGACUGAAAUGCCACAAAUGAAGAGUUGUGUAUGCAUACUAAACAACAUUUUUGCAAGGCAUCCCCCAAAGGCAAAUGAGAGAAAAAUGAUUUAUCAGGGAGAGGUACCCAAAAUAGAGUUGGCUGGAGCAGAAGAAAUCAAAAAACAAUUUGAAAGUCUGUGGAACUUGUUUUGAGAGUAUUUUCAGAUAGUUCUCAGCCACAUGGUAAACCUGAGUCCACCUGUUCAUUGUUUUUAACCUACUUAUUAGCCCCACCUUGCUUAUUGCUUCAUUCCCGCUGAACCUUGGACCUGACUCGAAUCACGCUUUCUUCUGCCAACAGUAAUGUGUCAGUUUCUUCCCCACUGUCCAGACUUUUAUCUGAUUGGGAGCUGCUGGGUUGUGUGUCUGUGGGAUCGGUCACUUGGCUGCCACUGGGCUCCUUGGCGUCAUGUUGCCGAUCCUCUAGAGGCGAAGGCUGGUUCUGCUUCUCUUUCUGGUGCUUGUCCGUGCAGGAAAGAGGGUUGCGUAAACGGCCCGCGUGGGAAUGGAGUAAACAUGGGGAGAAGACGCCCAUCCCAACCAGAAAAACAAGCUUGUUUCUCUCCUGCUCUGAAUGUUAUAACUGGCCUGUUAUUUCUUAGUGCCAAUCUCCCUUCCCCCGCCCUCCGCUUUCAAGGAACAAAGUGCAAAAUCUCCAGUGCGUAGCAAGUCUGAAGAAUGGUCCUUUCCCCACAGAAAGCCUUUAAAGCUUGUUUCUAUUCGGUCCCUAUUUAAGGAGGGCCAUAUUAACUAUACUUUCAUAAUGUUUCUGAGUUUUGUUUCCUAAGGGUGCUCAAAGCGGCAUGGUAGCGAGAGAAAAACAAAAGGAAAAGGAAAAAAACAUUUGCACUUGUUUAAAAUUAACUUGCUCCUCUAAUGAUUUAAUACAGUGCAAUUGCAAUGAAGCUUUUUAUUUGCUGCGGCAAGUGGUACAGUGGGGGGGGGGGGGCAAGGAGUUCUACAGAGUGGGUGCCGCCAGCAAGAAAGCCCUGCUUUGUAUCCUCUCAGUUCUUCCUGUGUAAAAUGGCCCAUGAAGCACAGCCUCACAUCCAAGUACAGUGGUACCUCGGGUUAAGUACUUAAUUUGUUCCGGAGGUCCGUUCUUAACCUGAAACUGUUCUUAACCUGAAGCACCACUUUAGCUAAUGGGGCCUCCUGCUGCUGCCGCACCACCGGAGCAUAAUUUCUGUUCUCAUCCUGAAGCAAAGUUCUUAAACCGAGGUACUAUUUCUGGGUUAGUGGAGUCUGUAACCUGAAGCGUAUGUAACCUGAAGCGUAUAUAAUCCGAGAUACCACUGUACAGCCAUACCUUGGUUCCCAAACGCCUUGUGACUCGAAUGCUUUGGCUCCUGAACGCUGCAAACCCGGAAGUGAGUGUUCCAGUUUGCGAAUGUUUUUUGGAAGUCGUACGUCGGACGCGGCUUUUGCAGCUUCCAAUUGAGUGCAGGAAGCUCGUGCAGCCAAUUGGAAGCCACGCCUUGGUUUUUGAACUUUUGGAAGUUGAACGGACUUCUGGAACGGAUUUCAUUCUAGAACCAAGGUACGACUGUACAAGAAGGUACUUAUGAGAGAAGAUUCUGAAAAGACUAAUCUAGAUUAACCGGGACUAAGACUGAGAUGGGCAAUCCGAAUGCACACUGGAGAAGAUGAGGUACAAUCUGCCAGCACAUUUCUCCUGCGCAAGCCUAGUGAAAAUGAACUGGAAUUGCAUAUUUCAAUAUGAUUUGCGCAGGUGAACGUCCCAUCGUUUUGCUGUUAAAUGAUGCAGCUGUGUCUCCCUCUCUGCUCACCCUAGUUUAGGGGAAUAGUGGGGAACCUUAGGGGAAUAGUGGGGAACCUCACUGGGAUCGACUGCGCAUGGGAGUUCUCUGUUGGGCUGGGGGCUUCUCUUUCUCCAUUUGGAGGAAGCAGUUUAGAUUAAAACAGCUUCCUCUGCAGACCGCCUUUGAAUUUUGACAGGUGUCCAUCUGUGGGUGUCAGUAUGAUCUCAGUUGGAUGAUCCCACGCACCUGUCAGAGUUGGUCCACAGCGGAUGGGGGAGCUAGGGACGUGGUCUGCCAGCUGGGUCCAGUUCCCCACUCCUGCUUUAGUGUCGUUACCAUCUGUGGGGCAGAAUCUUGCCCCAUAGUAAGGCUACCUACUUCUGACUAGAGGUGGGCAAAUUGUUCAGUUUCCAUUCUGUAUCAUCUCUGCAUGUGCUAACCCAUAAAUCGAUUCUAUCCUGUUUUUGUAUUAAUCUAUGAUUUUUAAAAAAUAGCACACGGAGAAAGAAAAUCGCAUUUAAAUGUACGUCGCUGCUGCUUCUGCAAGCAAGCCACAGUUGCCCACCACCUCAUCGCACAUAGUAAUGCCUGGUUGUACAAAAUACCGUAUUUUUCGCUCUAUAAGACGCACUUUUUCCCCUCCAAAAAUUAAGGGGAAAUGUGUGUGCGUCUUAUGCAGCGAAUGCAGGCUCCAUGGCUUCAGCAAUAGCAACGCGAAGCCUCCGAAGCGCAGUGGGAGUGCUCCCACUGCACUCCGGAGGCUUCGCAUUGCUUUUGCUGCAGCCUGGAGAGCGAGAGGGGUUGGUGCGCACCGACUCCUCUCGCUCUCCAGGCUUCAGGGAUAGCCGCCUGAAGCCUCCGGAGCACAGCGGGAACUCCCGUUGCGCUCCGGAGGCUUCGUGUUGAUUUCGCUGAAGCCAGGAGAGCAAGAGGGAUCGGUGCGCACAAUCGCUCUUGCCUCUUGCUCUCUUGGGUUUGGUUCGCUGGAGAGGCGCUGCGCAGCUUUCCCUCUCUGCACAGCGCCCCUUCAGUGAAGCGGGAGGAGAAAUGGAAGGGGCUCCAUUUCUCCUGCCACUUUGCUGAAGGGGCGCUGCGCAGAGAGGGGGAGAUUUUUUUUUCUUGUUCUCCCCCUCUAAAACAAGGUGCGUCUUAUGGUCGGGUGCGUCCUAUAGAGCGAAAAAUACGGUAUAUGAUAUCACCGGUGUCUUGAUGCUGUACUAGUUUUCCCCAACUUCACUGCAUCUUGUUGGGUGUAGCUUAUAGCGAGGGCAGCUCUCUCUAUGUGUCUCUGUCUGUCUGUCUGUCUUUCUCUCUCCAGCCAAGGCCCCCAUAAGAUUACCCAUGAGGGAAUGUGGCUUUUGUGGUGGAAAAAAUAAUUUCUGGUUGUGUCAAAAAUAAUUUCUUUUGCUAAUGUGUUAGGGUGUUUUUUGCUAUCAAAGAAGCACAUGCCCAGCAUUCGUUGUGUUAUGAGAAUUAUAAGGUCUAAGAUAUAAAAUAAAUGUUCAUAAAUGUACCAGGCAAACACAUACAUCAUUUAUUGUUAUGAUUAUGAUUAAUAAUAAUAUUUAUACCCCGCCCAUCUGGUUGGGUUUCCCCAGCCACUCUGGGCGGCAUCCAACAAAACAUUAAAAUACACUAAUUCAUGAAAUAUUAAAAGCUUCCCUAAACAGGGCUGCCUUCAGAUAGAAACCACAUGUCUGAAACAGUACAGGAAAAUAGUCCUGAAACCAUUAUGACUCUUGCAAAUUGACCUCAAAUGCUCCUCUGCAAGGAGGAAGGAAAUGGGAAAACCUCACCAUUGUCUCUUUGCUCACAAAUCCUGUCUUAAGGGCGUAUCUGUGUAUGAAAAGGGUGAGCCUGUGACCUGGAUUCAGGAACUGAGUAUUUACAAGAAUGCCCAGACUGCCCAGGUAAUGCAACCAGUGACCAUUAUCAGGUACUCUGGCAAACAGGAUUUCUGCUGUAGACCGCCUCCUCUGUUGUUGACCACCUCCUUCUGUGAUGUAUGCUAGAUGUUUCAGGGGGUUGGUCUUCGGCUACAGGGUGGGCAGUUUCAAAAGUCUAUAUAAGGGCUUGCACACCAAUAUUCAGGGUUCCUCCUCCCUCCUGCGUGGGGUUGUAAACACCCUGUUGCAAUAGUUUAAUAAAGAUCAGGCUUCCUAGCUGCUUUGCUUCUCAAUAUUUUAUGGUUGGCCUCUGUUAUUUUCUCCUACAGAUAGAGAACCUAGUCCUAAAUAAUGACUCUACAUGGGCUCUUGGGCACCCCAUAAGGGAAAGGGAGCAGAUUUUUAUUAUAACAGUUGUGUGACUUCUACAAACCCUUCCUCUUGCUUUUAAUUGCCUGUUAUUUCCAUAAAACCUACCAACCUCUUGGUUUAUCUUAUUCCAAGGUUUGUGAGGAAGCUAUACACUUUGUUUUGUCUAUUUCUAUCUGGUUUGGAAAGCAUAAUUUUUUUCCGUUUAGUCCCAAAUGCGUUUGUUCACAAACAAAGGUCGUUGCAAACCGUUGAAUCUUGAGUGAGAUGAUCUUCGAAACAGUCGCUCCCUCCAUACCUCCUCCUAAAUGCCAGGUUUUGUCAAAAUGUAGAGCUCAUUGGCUGUGGAGCAGCAAUUCUCACACACACACACACACACACAGAGAGAGAGAGAGAGAGAGAGAGAGAGAGAGAGAGAGAGAGACUGCUGGGCUGUGGAAUUAAUCAAUAGGAAGUUAUUGAAAUGAGCUACCAAGUUGAAACGGGAGCCCAGCAUUUCCUAUAGUAACAGAUAGUGCUGUGUUGUCUUUGGUGUUAGGAAUCUGGAGGAGGAUUUUUAUUGAGGCGAAAAGGCUGUACGUGGGGAAUAAUGCAUGCUGGUUGGCUGAAUUGUGAACAGUGGGGGAAGGCACAGGAAGUAUCGGGCUUUCUGAAAGGAUGAGAGAAGUUCCUGCUUGGCUCAGAAUGGCUUGGAUAGAUUCCAGCCUCCGGGAAUGAGUUGCAUGCUGAGAUUCCCGAAGCCAAAAUAAAAUAAAAUGGCCUCUUUAGUUCAAACCAGGGUAUGAAAUCACCAUCCAGCACUGCCUAUUUGAGCUCUCUGUUGCACAGGGAUUUAAAAGAUGCCCUUUUUUCCACGCACGGAACGUCACCUGUUGGAUUUCUGCCUGACGCAUGUCUUGUUUAAAGCCAAGAAAUCUUUCCAGAAAAAUAUAUCUUGGCUCUAGAGCUGGAAAAGCCUCACAUUUACAGGGAAAGACAGAACUUAGCUUCCUAAAACUUACCUUUUCUCCCACUAUCAGGCGUAAAGUUUAUCACCUGCCACAGACCAGAGGCCUGUAAGAGAAAGGCUGCUCAAUUUUCAAAGAUCAUUUUAUUUUCAGUUUUUUGUUCUAGAGGGGGAAGCAGCUUGUCUAUAAAUAGCACGGUUCUCUAUACUUGAAUUAAAAACCUGUACCCCCAAAUGAAUUCUGCAUAAUUUUAAUCCACUUUGCAUAUACCGUAUUUUUCUGUCUAUAAGACGCCCCAAUGUAUAAGAUGCCCCCUAUUUUGCGGGACUCCGAUUUAAGAAAAUGGGGGGAGAUGUAUCCGUGUAUAAGACACCCCCAAAUUUUUGACAUUCUUUUUUUUGGGGGGGACAUAGUAUUAUACACGGAAAAAUCCGGUAUUUGCUUGUCUAAACUAUUCUGUUUCUGCUAGUCAUGAAGGAGAAAAAGUUACCGUAUUUUUCCGUAUAUAACGCACCCCCAUGUAUAACACGGCCCCUAUUUUGGGGGGACUCCAAAUAAAGAAAUCCCCCAUAUGCACUAUCCAUGUAUAAGACGAACCCCAAUUUUAAACUUCAAAAAAUAUGGCGGAAAUAUAGUCUUAUACAUGGCAAAAUACAGUAAAUGGAGCACUGAAUUCCAACUCGGCUUGGCUCUGCCAUGAGCUUCCGGGAUUCCUAGCAUACUUUAGCAGAGCUGAGGGCUAGGAACUUACUUUUAAAAACCAAAAAGAGAGAGUUGAGAUUCCUAGUGUGCUGGUUUCUUUUUCCCAUUGCUAAUUCAAUGUCUUUUGGGAAGGGUGCCUUCAGACUACGCACAGUCACAAUAAUGAGUAUUGAUUCACUGGUUUAUAUACUGUAUUUUUUUGCUCUAUAAGACUCACUUUUUCCCUCCUAAAAAGUAAGGGGAAAUGUGUGUGCAUCUUAUGGAGCGAAUGCAGGCUGCACAGCUAUCCCAGAAGCCAGAACAGCAAGAGAGAUUGCUGCUUUCACUGCGCAGCGAUCCCUCUUGCUGUUCUGGCUUCUGAGAUUCAGAAUAUUUUUUUUCUUGUUUUCCUCCUCCAAAAACUAGGUGCGUCUUGUGGUCUGGUGCAUCUUAUAGAGCGAAAAAUACAGUAUGUGGAACUUUUACCUUACAUUUGGAAACUUAGACUAUUCUAGUUUUACCCAAGCCUUUCAAAAGGAGUUCAUAACAAGGAGCCUAGGAUUGCAGACAUGCUUCCAGGUGUGUGUGUGUGUGGAUGUCCCACUUUUCUUUUGAUUCCAACCUUAUUUGCACUUCUCCUCCUCCUCCGCAGUCUGCACCGGGACCGACAUGAAGCUGCAGCAUCCCUCCAGCCCAGAAAACCACCAUGCCACCCUCCGCCACCUCUAUGAGAACUGUCAAGUUGUGCAAGGCAACCUGGAGAUCACUUAUCUGCCGGCAGAUGUGGACACGUCCUUUCUCAAGGUGUGUGUGAUGGGAGAAGUUAAAUGCAUGUUCCCAAGACAGCUUCUCUUUAUCAGGAUGAAAAUGAGAAGAGGAGGAAACAGGGAAGGUGGGCACACACUCCACAGGGUGGAUAAAAAUCAAUGGGUUUAAAAAACAUAACCUCAAAAAUCGGAUUUUUUUGAUUGGAUUUUUAAAAUAAAAUGCUUUUGGAGGAAAAAUCUUUCUAAAGAUAGUUUUCUAUUUAGCUCACAUUGUAGUCCAAAGGCUAUUCAUCAGGAAAUAAGGAUUUGUUUUAAGUUUUUAAUGUGUACUAAAACUCUUAAGUUUUUUUAAAAUUGUUUAAUCACAUCAGUUAACAAACAUGGAUACAUAUGCUAUAAUGUUAUUGCUUUAGUUAAACAAAUUGUUUAAAUUGUUCCUAAGGAAAUGGUUAUUUUUCUCCUUCCAGUAAAGUACAGCAGAAAAGUUGUCCAAAUAUAAACAGUUAAUUUAUUAAACCUCACAAUAAUUUCAUAAUUAUCUAUCUACGUCUUUCUAAUAGUAUAACCAAAUCAGUAAUUUUUGAUAGAACUGUAAAAAACUACUCUGAUAAAUUUAUUAUUCCAAAAAUGAAACCUUCAUCUGGUUGUAAAUAUUAAGAUUAUACCAGCAAGAAGGAGUCUUUCUGUAAAAAAAAAAAGGAUUUAAAUCAAGUCUUACUGACUAGUGAUUUAAAUUAAGUCUUACUGACUAGUGAUGUAAAUCGUGAUUUAAAUCAAUUUGAUCCACUCUUCCCCUUCAUAUUCUCAAGUAGCAUUUAGAGGAGGAAAGUUGAUGGAGAUUGAAAAGUACAUUUCACCAGGAGCAGAGGAGUCAGGUUGUGCCAUAGAAAUCUGCAUGUCUCUCUCCCUAUCACAGUGAAAGUGUCACAUACGGGAAGGUGCUUCCGAAAGCAAGCAAGGCUGGGUUUCCACCUGUGGCUGCCACCCAUUUCCUCGAAAGAAGCCACACUAGCUUCAGGUGCUGUGAUUGCACCUGCAGAUGAGCAGAGUUGGCAGAAAUAGCUUUGACUGGACAGCAAAGCUGUUGGAUCUGGGCCCACGGAAUCUGUGUUUGGGCGUCUGCUCAGCGUGAUCUUGUUGUGUGCAAGCUACCUAAUCCUUGAGCCUCCAUUGUCCAUCUGUAAAACAGCAAACCAUAGUGGUUGUCUCAUAGGGGUGAGCUUGAAUUAAGGGCUUUAGAACUCCACCAUUUCAGGUUUUCGCUUGUUUUCAAACGAACAAUAAUACCCUAAGUGGAAACUAAAAAGACCCUUUCAGAAAUGUGAGGAAAUGCUGGAGAACGUGGCUUGGCCUUCUUGCUUGUACCUUGUUGAGCUGUUUGUUCUGCAAGUAUGCUUUCUGCUUCUUCUGUGCUGGGGAUUCAGUGACUGAUUAAAAAAGCAGAGCAGAGCAGGUGCCACGGGGUUUUGUUUGGAUAUAUUUAAAUUUGUCGCGCAAACGAAAACGCAGUAAGUAUUAAGAGCAUUUGUUGUACAGGUAAUAUAUAGAUAAAUCUAUUGCACCCUCAGUGUCUUUGGCACUCUGGUUGUAACUUUUAAAGCCCUACAUGGCUCAGGAUCCCAGGUAAUAAUAAUAAUUAUUAUUAGUGUUUUGUUGGACUGCCUUCUCCCACAGCAAUCUGCCCAUCUACUGAGAUUGUAAUCUGAAGCCUUUUGUCUGGGUGUCCUUGCAGCUUCUAGUAUGGCAGAUAGCAAAUGAUGACAAAGCCAAGGUCGCCCAAUGAGCUUCAGGGCUGAGUGGGGAUUUGAACCCUGGUCUGCCAGGUCCUUAUCUGACACUCUAACCCAGUGUUUGUCAAACUUAGGUCCCCAGCUGGACUACAGCUCCCAUCAUCCCUGGCCCCAGGUCCUGCUAGCUAGGGAUGAUGGGAGUUGUAGUCCAGCCAGAACUGGGAACUCAGGUUUGAGUCACCACACCGACUCUCCGUAAGGAUGGGCGGUUCCGCUUCUCUUCGGGGGUUGCCCUGGGUGGCCUUUGGACAACUUACCAUGCCGCGCAAGGAAGAUUCCUUGCUCCUCUUUUCUUGGCUUCUCACUGUUUCUGUUUGUUUGUUUGUCUGUUUGUCUGUCUCUAGGACAUCAGAGAGGUCCAGGGAUAUGUGCUGAUUGCCAAGAACCACGUGCGCCACUUGCAGCUGGAAAGCCUCCUGAUCAUCCGUGGGACCCAGCUGUACGAGGAAAAGUAUGCUCUGGCUGUCCUCAACAACACCGACCCCAGCGGGGAUGUGGGGCUUCAGGAGCUGGGCAUGUUGGAUCUGACAGGUAUGGAAGGAGGGGCAUGAAAAGGCGACGGGGACCUGAAAGAACCCGAUCUGCCUCCUCAACUGAGCUACAAAUUCAGACGUGUCCCAUUUGAAUCUCCUCCUCUCCCCUCUCCCUUUCUCAGUAAUACGAGAUUCAGGGCUAUUGUAAGCAUUACAAUGAAAAAAUGCAAGUGAAGGUCCUUCAGACACUCCCAGGGUGCCAUAGAAAUGUUCCGAGUUUUGUUUAUUUCAGCAUUUGCUAAAGUCCUCCUGGACUUGGAAGUAGGCCGCAAUCUAAGCCAUAGAAAUAAUAAAAACAAAGAAAACAAAGCAAAUUAAAACAAGUCUUUUAUGCAUUGCUCUUUACUGUCCCUUUCUCUCCCCCGAUUUCUUUUCAGAGAUCUUGAAGGGUGGUGUGAUUGUAGACGAAAACCCCCAGCUGUGCUUCCAGGAGACCAUCCACUGGGGGGCCAUUUUCCACAAACACAACCAGCAGAACUACACGGAGAUCAGCAGCCAUCGCCGUCGGAUCUGUAAGCGAACCUUGUUUGGCUGCUGGGCUGUGUUGGGGUUAUAGAAUUCUGCACCGAAAUGCUCUCCCACAAAACCAUGGCAAACGCAUAUUCCUCGCUGCUCAUUCUUCCUUCGUUGGCACAUGCCAGAGGCCUUUGAAGCCUGCUUCUACUCCUUUGAUUUUCAUGUCUCCACCUAUUCUAACCUCUAAAUCAGACCACUGCAACACACCAAACAUGGGGCUGCCUUUGAAGACGAUUUGGAGAUUGCUGGUGCAGAUUCAGCAGCCAGAUUGUCAACCGAGGCAGGGCAGUCUGAACAUAUAAUGCCAGUUCUGGCACGACAACACUGGCCACCCAUUAGUUCGCAAGCUCAGUUUUGUCCUAUAAGGCAAUUAUUCAGCUUGGGGCCCCAGUGUCUCAAGGACUGUCUCACCCCACAUAAGCCAACCUGGACCUUGCAAUCAUCACCUGAGGCUCCUUUUUGUGUGCUGCUUCCAUGGGAGACUUGGAGGGUGGCAACAUGAGAUUGGUCCGGUGUUAUCUUGAUCUAUUUUUAGGCAAAGGUUUAUCUCUUUACCUGUGUUCUUGGCUUGUAAUCUGAAGGGUGGCAUUGUGGCCCAUUUUAGUUGGGUAGGAUCAGAAAGUCCUACCUACCUUUUAUCUGUGUUUUAGAUUCUUAUUGGAGGUUCUUAAUUGGAUUGGACCUAAGGUGCUUUGAUUUGCUCUGUGAGAAAAGUGACUGUAACAAAUAGAAUACAGGAAUAUUUGGUGAGGACCACCUUGCUUUUAAGAAAGUGUCUGUUUUCCCCACUCCUCAGGCCCCGACUGCCAAAGAAUAUGCCUCAAUGGCCACUGCUGGGGAGAAGGAAAGGGGAGCUGUCAAACAUGUGAGUAUCAGGCUUCUUGGGAUCUGGGGUAUACCAAAACGUGCAGGUUUUACACAGUAUCUCUUAACAGCUUUGGAGUGCGUAAUUUGCGUGUAGAAUGGGGAAUGGGUCGCCAUUUUGUCUCCCCCAGCCUGAGCGCUGCAUUCCCUUCCAUGCAAUCAUUCGGGGGCUACAUGUCAGUGGUGGGCAGGGCUGAUGCUAAAAGUGGGAGGAGCAACAAGUGUGAAUUGUAUUGUAGGCUCAUUUCUGCACACUUGUGCUCACCCCUCUUUCCACCCAUCCAGAUGAACAAGAGGCACGUCAGAGUUCAGACAUGCAUUUCAGGCAGAUGGGAACAGUUAAGGUGAACGCAAAGCAGGGCUGUGGCCUGGGGAGAGUCCCAAGGGCCAGACAGAGGGGCCUGCUGGGUUGCAUAUGGCCCCUGUCUAUGGGAUUCUCUAUCCUUGCCAUAGAUCAGGGUGGGCCGUGCGGUCCUCGAGGCCCUUUUGGAGGCCCUUGGCAGCAUUUGAUGCCCCCCAGCCCUCACACCGCCAUGCCAAAGCUGGGUAAGGGAGACACUGGGCUUUUGGAAGGAGGUGUGAGGGUUCUGACAGGGUCCUGGAUUCCCUCCUGCCUUCUUCCAAAGCCUAGUUAGCACUUUUCCAGUUUGGGGAAGGAGGUGGGAAGAGUACAUCUGAGAAGAGUACAUCUGAGCAUGUCUCUAAAGCAAAGCCUUUAGAGGUCUUCUGUUAUUCGCUCAGGGAGUUAGACUUCUGCUUAGCUCUCCCCUGUCCCACAAAACUCCCUGGCAUCCCCGCUUCUCCUGUUCUCUCAAAGGCGCCUCUUUCUCCCUCUUAAGAUUCCUAGCCUGUUGCAACGACCUGGGUUGUCCCCUAGUGUAGCUGUGCCGUGCCUUAUUUUCCUCUCACCCUACUGUCACCUGGCAUUUAUGUCGCAGCCCAAGCAGCAGCUGCUGCUGCUGGCACCUCCCUUUUUGCAAGCUGUCAGUUCAGAGGGUACGAGAUCCCUCUUGUGUUUGAUGAAGGAGCGGAGCUUCUGUGCCCAUGACUUUUCUGUUUUUCUCUUUGUCGUCCCCCCCACCCCCGCCAGUGACAAGCACAGUCUGCGCCAGCAGCUGUGCAAGGUGUAAGGGGAGACACCCAACGGAUUGUUGCCACGAGCAGUGUGCAGCCGGCUGCACGGGACCCAAACACUCCGACUGCCUGGUGAGUGUGUGUGCGCCCUGGGGUUCUCGUUUCUCAUUUAUCAAAUGCGCUGUCAAGUAUUCUGAUUGCCAGAAAAAACACACACAUUUACCUCUCUCACACACCCAACCUGUAUUGGAGCCGGAUCCAGACCAAAACAGGGGUGGAGCCCUGGCGGAACCCAAAAGGCAAGGAGCAGAUUCCUGUUGAAUCUGGUGAUCGUGAGCAGAGCUUGUUGGGAUCUGGAGUUGACUGGCUUUAGAAGACAUCUGAAGGCAGCCCUGUAUAAGGAAGAUUUUAAUGUUUAAUUUUGUAUUAUGUUCUUGUUCCUGCUGGAAGCCGUUCAGAGUGACUGGUGCAACCCAGUCAGAUGGGUGGGGUACAUCAUCAUCAUCAUCAUUAUUAUUAUUAUUAGCCUCUUACCUGACAAAGGAGGGGUGUUAGCCAGCUGAUGAAGGAAAUGAAUGGUUAAAUGAUUGUUUUUGAAUGGGCAGUUCACCUGCAGGGGAGGAGUCUGAAUCAACUACUUGGUGUGUGUGUGUGUGUGUGUGUAAGUAAGAGAGAGAUUGAUUCUCGAGUUUAAAUCAACAAAUAGAGGCAGAGACAGGUUUCUACCAGCUGAGGAAAUAAUUUCUGGCUGGUAUUGGGGAUUCAGCCUUCAGGUGAGGGCUGCUCACUGAGCAUCACUGCCUGUAGCAAGAGUGCCCGUUUUACAGUCAUACCUUGGUUCUCGAAUUUAAUCCAUUCCGGGAGUCUGUUCGACUCCCGAAACGGUUCGAAAACCAAGGCAUCGCUUCUGAUUGGCUGCAGGAGAUUCCUGCAGCCAAUCAGAAGCCGUGUAAGCCGUGUCAGAUGUUUGGCUUCCAAAAAACAAUUGCAAACCAGAACACUCACUUCUGGGCUUGCAAUGUUCAGGAGCCGAUUUGUUCAACAACUAAGGCGUUUGACUACCAAGGUAUGACUGUACUUCCAUUUAUACUGUGUAUAUUCUGCAUUGUAAAUAAAACAAAUAUUACAAAGCCGCCAUAAAGCUGCAGCGCUCCCCUCCCCCCUAAAAAGAAAUGAAAUCGCAUAGUGCUGCCCCAGAAUUUGUCCCCGUUUGGAAGUGGGUGCAAGGCUGGUUCUACAGGCUUGGAGCAUGAAAAGAACGUCUUCGGAAGUUCAUUGCCACAAAAAUUUUCGUUAGCCUCUGUGGGGCCACGGAAACUUCGUUGCUUUUGAUCCAAGUGACUCACUUUCUAGGGUGGCCCCUGAGUGUUCAGUGGGGUCCUUCCUAGAUGAAAGUUAUCAAAGUGUAGCUAAAGCUAAAGGGACCCCUGACCAUUAGGUCCAGUCGUGGCCGACUCUGGGGUUGCGGCGCUCAUCUCGCUUUAUUGGCCGAGGGAGCCGGCAUAUAGCUUCCGGGUCAUGUGGCCAGCAUGACUAAGCCGCUUCUGGUGAACCAGAGCAGCGCACGGAAACACUGUUUACCUUCCCGCUGGAGCGGUACCUAUUUAUCUACUUGCACUUUGACGUGCUUUCAAACUGCUAGGUUGGCAGGAGCUGGGACCGAGCAGCGGGAGCUCACCCUGUCGUGGGAUUUGAACUGCUGACCUUUUGAUCGGCAAGUCCUAGGCUCUGUGGUUUAACCCACAGCGCCACCCGUGUCUCAAAGUGUACGUGCCUUUAAAAAUAGAAAAAUAGGACUUGCUACCUUUCCGUUUUUCCAGGCCUGUCUGCACUUCAACCACAGUGGGAUUUGCGAAUUGCAUUGCCCACUUCUCUUCAACUACAAUCCAGACACCUACGAGCACCUGCCCAAUCCAAAUGGACGGUACACUUUUGGAGCAACCUGUGUUGCUGAAUGCCCUUGUAAGGCUCUUAUUAUUAUCCCUUUUGUUUUGCGCAUGUAUAUGUUAUUGGGGUUGCGGUAUGCGUGCAGGAUUUUUGGAACUGAAAAUGCCCUGGGAUAGUUACUAUCUUCUGUUUAGUGAGUCCUUAGCUAUGGAGACGAUCCUGUGUUUUGCCUCCAUCCCUUCUCCCUGGGAGCCAAAGGCACAUGACAGAGUACUCCAGCACACAGAAUAUUCCUUUCAUGUAUGCCAGUUGCUAGUUUUUUAAUUCCCCCCCCCACACACACACAACAUGAAAAAGGCAACAUACAAACACCUCUUAAAAACGGUUGAAAACAGCACAGAAAAUAGCAGUAGACACACAGACACAUAUAUAAAAUGGUGGUGCUUUCAGUCAUUUGAACAGCUGUCUGCAUUCAGCAGUGGUAUAAUCCUGAUACUGGUUUACCACCUCAAUGAGAACUUGGCCUUUGUUUUCCCCCUUUCUCUAUAAAGAAAAAUGCCCCCCAAAUGUGUGUUUUUUAAAAAUUCUAUUCCUAUGCCUCUUUUUAUUCAAAUAAAUCCCAAAGUGGCUUACAAACAAAAUAUUAAAAUAACAUAAUGAAACAUCACAAGUACAUCAUAAAUUGUAUAGAAUACUUAAAACAAUCACAAAUUGCAAAUAAAACAGUUACCAUCUAUGUAACACUAUUAACAAAACAACUAAAAAAUAAGCAUCACAGUUACACCCAAAAAAAAUCAUAUUAUAGGAUUCACAAAGUACGAUAGCAUUCAUAUCUAUAAAACAAUUUCAAAACGUUAACAAAAUAGCAACAAAACAAAAAAAGCCCUGUUGAAUUUGUACACAUGCUCUCACCUCCGCCAUGACUCAUAAACUUUCAUUCUAUUUAGUGCAUCAAAAGACACUUGCACAAAAAUGCUCUUGGCAGCAACUCCCUUCUGAAGGAUCCUUGCAGUGGAGGUGUUAAUUUUCUCCCAAUUCCAUGAAGCAAAAUGGCUUCCCGAAAUUCUUUUUAAGAACUUGGGUGGAAGGAGAUGGACCAGAAUGAGAAUGUGAUAUGACAGGGGUCAGCAGAAUUUUUCAGCAGGGGGCCAGUCGACUGUCCCUCAGACCUUGUUGGGGGCCAGACAAUAUUUUGAAAAAAAGAAGGAAUUCCUAUGUCCCACAAAUAACCCAGAGAUGCAUUUCAAAUAAAAGCACACGUUCUACUCAUGUAAAAACACCAGGCAGGCCCCACAUAUAACCCAGAGAUGCAUUGUAAAUAAAAGGACACAUUCUACUCAUGUAAAAACACGCUGAUUCCUGGAAUGUCAGCGGGCCAGAUUGAGAAGGUGAUUGGCCCGGAUCUGGCCCCUGGGCCUUAGUUUGCCUACCCAUGUGAAAUGGUGUAACCUGAUGGCCAAGGAAUACUGGUGAGGAUUUAAUGGUCAGGCUGUUGCGGUACAUGAGAAACAUAUUGGCAGCGGGGGCUCUUUUGCUGUUGUUGUGAGCUGCUUUGAGCAUGCUUUCCCAUGGGAAAAUAGCAUAUAAGUGAACGGAGGAUGGUGUACGUAUUGCUAUAAUCUGCCUUGCUGCACACCAUCCUUAUGCAGUGGUUUUUAUAAUUAAAGAAAAGAAAUGCUGAUUCCAGGCUGUCAUUCACUUCCUGUUGUUUUGAAUUACAGAUAACUACUUGGCGGCAGAGGUUGGGUCCUGUACUUUGGUGUGCCCUCAGACCAGUCAGGAGGUGAGCGUGGGCACCGUGCAAAAGUGCGAGAAGUGCAACAAGCCGUGUCCCAAAGGUAAGAGCUGGGAGUUGGCCAGUGGAGGGAGAAACACUGUUUCCAGGAAGACUCUGACUUUUCCCAUGAUGCAUCAGUCUUGGCAUCACAUUGUGUACGCCCACCAUGCAUGUCCUUCUGAGAACCUGGGGUACCAGCAACACUUGUAGGGUAUGCCCUCCUUCGUCGCAUGGAGAUAUUUGGCACGAGGGGGAGGGAUAUAUAUGGGGACGCAGGUAUGGGAUUCUGUACUACUUUGUUUCCUGUCUCUCGUUCCUGUUACCCGUAGAAAUGGCCAAUGUUGUAGAAAGGGCUUAUGGCAGCUUUCCCCACUUCAGUGUCUUCCAGAUGUCUUGGACUGCCACUCUCAUCAUCCCUAGCCAGUCCAAAACCAGAAAGGCGAAAGGCUUGUUUAUGCAAACAGUUGCAAACGUUGAAACCAAUUUGUGCUCUCUUCAACGUUUUGGUUUUAACUUAUUCUACCUCCUGAGUAUUCUGACCCUAUCCUUGACCGCCUUGGCUUUGCUCUCCAACUUUGCAGCAGUUUCAGGAAUCGCAUUUGUAGAUAUUCAGCAGGCGAGUCACCCUGAUUUUUGGGCUCAUGGCUCUUUCUUGGCCACUAGGGGUUGCAACUGGUGCAUUCAACACCCAAGAAGGACUUGGGUUAGCCCAGGCAUAGGCAAACUCUGGCCCUCCAGAUGUUUGGAACUACAGUUCCCAUCAUCCCUGACCACUGGUCCUGUUAGCUAGGGAUCAUGGGAGUUGUAGUCCCAAAACAUCUGGAGGGCUGGAGUUUGCCUAUGUCUGAGUUAGCCUUUCUUUCGGCCCUUUAGCCCAAAGGUUCUGUGUUGUUCCCAUUGUCUGCUCUGCAUUAUGGUUGUGAUGAUGUUUGUAGACUCAUAUGCACAUUCUCUUCCCUCCCCUCCCCGCCCCCCACCUCUCAGUCUGCUACGGUUUGGGGAUGGAUUUCCUGAAAGGGGUCCGUGCCAUCAAUGCCUCCAACAUCCACCACUUUGCCGGCUGCACCAAGAUCUUCGGCAGCUUAGCCUUUCUGCCAGAGACUUUUGCAGGGUGAGUAACGGUGAGCUUUGGGUGUAAAGGGUGUGGCAUCAGUUUGCUCAAGACAUCCUUGUAAUUGUGCCAUGUGAGGUUUUAGCUUUGGAAGGGCUAUGGGAGUGUUUAUAAAAAAGGAAAGAAGUGGAGGAAGUUGGAACGAUUUAGGCUCUUUGGGGUAUAUGACAAAAAUGGUGGCCGUGGAAAUCAGACCACGAGGUGUGAAAGCCUUCUGGUAUUGGGAACAAGUAGUCUCAGAAGCACCAGGGCUGGAGAUGGAAAGAAUAUAAAAUCCCUACCAGAGAAAAAUGGCAAAUUAAACUGUUGGACUGUGCUGAAAUGGCAGAAAUGACUGGAAAGCUCAGGAACCAAGAAGACCAAAACUUUAACAAAGAAUGGGAAAAAAUAUAAUUUAUAUUGGAGACCACUGUAAACAGAUGAAAUCAUUAGCAGGAUUGCAGUAACACUCGUAAGGUAGCAAGUACUAGGGAGACAAUGGAGUUGUAUUAAAUAUAGAAUAUUGGAAAAGGUGCUGUAGAAAAGGUUUGAUAAUAGGACCCAUGGAGGAGAAGGUGGGAAGUCCAGAGAUUCAGAGGAAUCUGUAAAUGUGGAUCUGUAUGGUUGUAUUGUGAUAAUUUUAUAUUUCUAAAAUCGAAUAAAUAUAAUUUUUUUAAUAAAGGAAGCACCAGGGCUGGCUUUUGUCUUUGUCAUUUUGCCCUUCACAGCAGAGUUUCCUUGUGAGAAAUGCUGAGGUGAUUCCACUCAGAAUAGCAUGUGGUGCGUAAAAUAUUUUGGCCACAUUUUCAUCAACUGAGUAGAACCAAAAUUAAAGUAGUGGUCACUUAAGUUACAAAGAGUGCAGUAAUAAUAGCAAGAGGAAGCGAAGUGUGUCUGUUUAUUUCAUUUCCCACCAAUGCAGUUUCCUUCCUUUCUGUCCAGGGAUCCUGCCUCUGAUACUCCGCCCCUUGAUCCCAAGCAGCUUAAAGUCUUUGAGAACCUGAAGGAUCUAACAGGUACGUAAGAAUUUUAUUUCUAGGUAGCCUUGGUCCCCUCUACCCUGCCUCCAAGUCCCAGGCAAAGGGGUUCUUCAUUGUUACGGAGUAGCAUUAUUAAGGGAGCCAGUGUGGUUCAGUGGUUAGAGUUUUGGACUAGGACCUGGGAGACCAGGGUUCAAAUCUCUACUCAGCCACGAAGCUCACUGGGUGACACUGGGCCCAGUCACAGUCUCUCAGCCUGACCUACCUCACAGGGUUGUUGCAAGGAUAAAAUGGGGAGGAAGAAAACCAUGAAUGCCACCUUGAGCUCCUUGGAGGAAAAGUUGGAUAUACAAGUGAUAAAUAAAUCAGGUGCCCUCAUCCUCCGCUGAAUGGUCCAAACUUUGUGUUUUGCAUAGGCUUCCUCUAUAUUGAAUCCUGGCCGGAGUCUCUUGUGGACUUAAACCCUUUCCAGAACCUUCAAGUGAUCCGGGGACGAGCCCUUUACAAGUAAGCGCGCGCACACACACACACACACACACACAAACACACAUGCACACACCCUGGAUUGGGGCAGAAAUAGCUUAGAUUGCAACAGCUAAAAGACUGAACUAUAAAUCAAGGAUUCCAGAAUCUGAGCUUGCCUCUGCUACUAACUCACUAGAUGGCUGUAAGCGAGCUGUCUCUAUUUACUUGCAUAAAUGCUGUCAAACCCCAAUGGAUUUUGUGGCUCUCCAGAUCUAACAGGAUAUAUCCCGUCCCUCUUUUUACCAGUUAUCGAGUCCAGUGAAUGUUGGUAGUUGUGUGUGUCUGUCGUCUUGACAUUGUCAAAGGCUUCCUGCUGGUUGUCAGCUUGCCACCAUAUUACAAGUAUUCACUGUUAACAUGCACAAGGCAGUGUGGAACUUCUGUCACUUGGUCAAGCAAGCUCAGGGUCGCUCAGAGGAAACCCAGGUUUCCCAUUGUCUCUCCUAAGGGGAUCUCUGAACUGGCAUUUCCUGCUGAAGGGAAACCCCUCCAGAGAUGGAGGCUAAUCCUGCAGAAGCACUCAGUGAGUGGAGGGCUUGCCUCUCACCUUCUGACGAAAGGUUGGAAGAUAUUCAAAUAAACCACAAAAACUUUGGGCCUACACAAUGUAACUUCUUCUCCCUCACCUUUCUCCUCACACACCAGCCAUGUGGUAGGUAGAGUGGAGAGAACCCUCUGCUUUGUAAUCCCUCACUAAAGCACUUCAUCCUGCCGUGGUUGGUGCCCUGCGCUAGCCAUCUUUCCUCCCAUAUAUGAAAAGAAAGAAGUUGGAAGUAAUAUCCUCAGGUACAGCAAAAAGAUGCCUGAAUAUCUUACUUAUUUUAAAACCUACACCCUUCAUACUAACUGAAGUUCCUGAAAUUAUAUUAUUUGAAAUGCAACAAAACGAGACAGGAUGUUAAAUGAGUCCCUCGCUGGGCUAGUCAAUAUCAACUUCAGCACGGCAGGGAUAGACAAAUAAAAUCGCUAUUUUAGGGCUUCUUCUCUUCUUCCUGAUUAGGGAGCCUGUUUUUUCUUUUCUUUUGGCAGCGGAGUCUAUUCUCUGACAUUGCAAAACCUCAACAUCUCCUCCUUCGGCCUGCGUUCGCUGCAAGAGAUCAGCAGUGGAAUGGUCCUGAUUCACCACAACCCCAACCUUUGCUUCAUCCAGAACGUUCCUUGGGAAGCCAUCUUCAAGAACCCUCGGCAGACCUUGUUCCAGAAUGACAACAACCCCGAGUGUAGUAAGUGUAUAGCACCUACUCCUAUAGUUCAGGGAACCAGGCAGAGGGCCCGCCCUGUGGAAUGCCCUCCCUUCAGAUACCAAGGAAAUAAACAGCUAUCUGACUUUUAGAAGACAUCUGAAGGCAGCCCUGUUUAAGGAAGUUUUUCAUGUUUGAUGUUUUAUUGUACUUUUAAUAUUUUGUUGGAAGCCGCCCAGAGUGGCUGGGGGUGGGUUAUAAAUAAAUAAUUAUUAUUAUUGUUGUUAUUAUUAUUAGGCCCGCUCUCCACAAUCUUCCAAUCUGGGAGCCACUUUUUAACAAUCUGGUGCUGAGGGGGGAGGGAAGUGAGCCCCUUUGCCAGGCUUAUGAAAAAUCCUGUGCAGAUAGGAGAAUUUAGGGACUCCAUAUGUGAGCUCUUUGUGAGCAAAUGCAUAAGAAUUCAGGGUUAUUCAGCGCAAUGUUAGCUUGGGCAGCUCACAGUGAGGCCAGCAAGAGUCGAACAAAAUGACUUGUCAUUGAUGGCUUCCUCCAUCCUUUUGAUGGUACCAAAGGAACAGGUAACAAUUGCAUACACUCCUAUAUCUUCUUCUCCACAGUACAUGAAGACCAGAGUUGCUCCCCGCUCUGCUCCAAGGGGCACUGCUGGGGACCUGGGGGGACUCAGUGCAUGUCCUGCAUUGGGUUUCUGCGUGGGAACGAAUGUGUUAAAAACUGCAGCCUUCUGGAUGGGUAUGUGAUCAUGGGGAAAGCAGACUAGGAGCCCUGUCUGUCUACAAUUCAGAUUAGGAGCAACUUAAUGGCUCUGGGAGUGCUAUGUAGAAAAUACAUUGUUUAGCCACAUUAAGGUCUAGAGACAUUUGCUAUGUUUAUAUAUAAAAAAGCUACAUUUUCUUAGUGUUGGGUUCUGUGUUGUUGACUAAAUUCUGUGCUUUCAGGGUACAUGGAAGAGGUGUGAAAAUAGCAUACAUAUCACCUCCUUGUUUUUCUUCUUUUUUGAAACAUCCAUCUGUCACCACCAAAUUUUAUAGAACAAUUAAAAUGCAGCCCUAGUAGAAGUUACUGUGAUGAGAAGGGCACCGGCAGAUGAUGGAUUGCCAAUCCACGACAUUCCAGGAAGUUAAGGAAAACCGGGAGGAGAAAAAUUGGAAGCUGCCUAAAUUUUGGAUUGACCUGACUUUGCAAUUUCUUCUCCUACAGAGAGUUCCGGGAAUACGUCAACGGGACACGGUGCCUUCCAUGCCAUUCUGAGUGCUUGCCCCAAAAUGGGACAGAGUCCUGCAAUGGAUCGGUAAGGGCAGGGACUGAAGGCUGCGGAGGCCCAGGCUUUAUUCUGACUUCCUCGCCUUUCCACAUCAAGUUGUCUAUCCAUAAAGUAUCUUUGAGCAUCUGCUCCAAGACACACACACACACACACACACACACACACACACACACUGCUCAUGUUCCUUGUCACCCUAUAUGCACAUAAAGAAUGACCAGAACUGGCAUCUACUGUCCUGGCAGGUCUGCCCUGGCCCUCCAUUAAUUUUUCCUCCUCUGGCACUGAUCAGGACUGGAAGCCACCAUUUACAUUUCCCACAAUGCCCCAGAGCAGUGCUGUGGUAUUGUCGGAAAUUAAAAUGGUGGCCUGUGGACCCAGUCUCCCCAUGCUGAUCUGAGUAGUUCUGGCUGCUUGCUCUCACUAUCCAACAAACCUGCCAGGGCCUCUGACAUUGGAGGGCCCCCACUAGACAGCUCUUUGCUAAGGGUCCCCUCAGCUGUCCCUGAAUAUAACCUUGAACACACCCAAGAAGUCAGUUCUGACCACCCUUUGGUGCUACAUAAACAAACCCUGUGCCCCCCUUCUUUUCUGCUCUGGUUUCUUCUCUCAUCUCCAAUUUACAUCCAUAUAUGAUUUGCACAAACCGUAGGAUGAAUUGGUUUGUAUUCCCGGUUUGCUGCUCAGAGGUGAAAGGAAUCUGGAAGGUGGAAGCAUGCAAAUGGCAGCGUGUGUUCAAAUAGUGCCAAGCCAAUUGAUUCAAUACUCCCCAUGACUGCAUGUUGUAAAAGAAGGUGUUUUGCUGUCGAUUUUUAGAAAGCUUGUAUCUUUUAAUGGAGGAAGCUUGGACAAAUUAACCAGUCACUGUAAGGAGAAAUAACUAGUUUUUGAACUGGCUUCUGCCCUCUUCCCUCCCCAUUCAUUUUUCCUUGUGUGUCAUGCCUUUUAGAUUAUGAACUUGGGGGGGGGGGUACUGUCUAAUUACUGAUCUAAUAAGCCACUCUGGAAAGUUUUGGGGUUUGUUUUUUUUUGCUAAUGAACAUGACAAAAAUGCUUUAAAAAAGCUUCUUAGGAAUUUCCAUGUAUGCUGGAAUAAAAUGUGGAAAAACCAUUGCUCAGUAUAGCAAGGUGUCUUUUCCAAAGUUGUUGGACUACAAACCCCAUAAUUCCCAGCCAUGGGCCACGGUGGCUGAGGCUGCUGGGGGUCGGAGUCUUGAGGGCCCAUGGGCUUCCCAUGUCUUUGCUACAGGCUCCUUCCUUUAAAAUGAGCUAUGAAUCCAUGCAGUUGAAUCUGUGGAGCAGGUCAGUGGGGAGGUUUCACCUGUUCUCUCUUCUCACGUCACCUGUAUCCAAAUAUUAAGGGAGAAUUCCUCAGGCUCGUUUUCAAACAGGCUUGUUUUUAAACCGGGUGACUAUGAAAUACCAGAGAUAAAUUAUUAACAGGAAAGGUGUGCUUGUUUGCAUUCCUUCCAGCUAAAUUCUGUCACGGCUUUACAGAAAAAAAUAAAUGGUCCUAUUACCACAGGUUUUUCUGGGUUUUUCUGCCUUCUUGAUGUUUUGAUGGAUGUUUCUAUUUUGUAACAUAAAAUGAGAAAAGUCGAGGGUAAUAAAACUUAAAUAAACUCAAUCAUCAGUCUUUAUACACACAAAACCUAAUAGCUGUGUGACCCAUAAAUGCGUUAACAAAAUGUUGUUACGUAAAAAUUUGAGUUGAACCUUGUAAUAGAAAUGAUAGGAAGAAACAAAGAAAACUGAAUAGCAAAUAACUAAAACAGAUAAAUUUAUAAACACAGCGUAUAUCAAUUUUAACCGGCAAUACAUCGUGGUGGCUGGGAAGUCACGAUGUAUCGGCAGCUCAAAAAGUCUGAAACUGGUGUUGCGAUGCAAACGCCAUACCGGUUUCAGACAAUAAAUAGAAGUAUCGCCCAUCCCUCCUCUUAAGGACUGCCCACAUAGUCAUUAUGCAAGAGAGCAAAUAUCAGCUGGCAUGCCGGCAAAGACUUCGUGCAUCAUAGAUAAAAGCUGGGCGAGCUUUAUUCAGAGCUUGUCGCCUCAGACACUGAAGAUGAAAGUCACAGCUAGUCAUUUCUUUUAGAUUUUUCAGAGCGAGAUCCAGCCAAAGUGAAGAGCUUUGAAGCUUGAAAGCUUUGAGGCUCAUGCCUUGAGCAUGUGCUUAAAUUUGCCCAUUGAAAUCAAUGCGCCUGCGAUGUUACAAAAUCCAAGUUACCCAACUUUUCCCUUCAUUAGGUAAUAAAAUGUGCAAGAACAGCACAGUUCACCUGAGGCGACUUUGCAACAGCCCCAGACCCAGCGACUCCAAAUCCAUAGAUUCCUAUCAAAGUUUCUGGCUUUAAUGUCAGUCUCGGGUCAUGUCGAUAACGAGUCACCUUGAGUUGUAGGGAUGAUAUUGAAUGCAGAUCCAUACAGGACAGCUGAUAGGGAGGAGUUCCCCUCCCCCUGUUCUUCUUAUAGAAAGUCUUCUUUUUCUGUCCUUCCUUCCUUAGGACGCAGACCAGUGUGUGGCUUGUGCCCAUUACAAAGAUGGCCCCUACUGCGUGGAGCAGUGUCCCAGCGGCGUGAAGGUGGACGGUUCUUUCGUACCCAUCUGGAAGUAUCCCGAUGGGGAAGGCAUGUGCCAGAUCUGCCCGACCAACUGCACCCACUCGUGAGUUUCCAACAUGGUUAAUAAUAAUAAUAUAAUUUAUUAUUUAUAUCCUGCCCUUCUGGCUGGGUUUCCCCAGCCACUCUGGGCGGCUUCCAACAAAAUAUUAAAAUACAAUAAUUCAUCAAAUAGUAAAAGCUUCCCUGAACAGGGCUGCCUUCAGAUGCCUUCUAAAAAUCGGAUAGUUGUUUAUUUCCUUGUCAUCUGAUGGGAGGGCGUUCCACAGGGCGGGCGCCACCACUGAGAAGGCCCUCUGCAUGGUUCUCUGUAGCUUCAUUGCUCACAGUGAGGGAACUGCCAGAAGGCCCUCGGAGCUGGACCUCACAGUCUGUGCAGAACGAUGUAGAUGGAGAUGCUCCUUCAGGUAUACUGGGCUGAGGCCGUUUAGGGCUUUAAAGAUCAGCACCAACACUUUGAAUUGUGCUCGGAAAUGUCCUGGGAGCCAAUGUAGGUCUUUCAGGACCGGUGUUAUGUGGUCUCGGUGGCCACGCCCAGUCACCAGUCUAGCUGCCGCAUUCUGGAUUGUGUGGAGAAGGUCCUGCUGGAAAAGAGGCACCAGCACCUUUGCCUAGUGGGUGAUGGGAAGUGGGGAGGAAGAAAUGCUAAGACUGUUAGCGGUUUGCUCUCUGCAGAGCACACCUUCUGUAUAAUUUAGCACGUAAUCGUUUUGACUUCUGUCAGCCUUUUACUUGGCCGCCCUGGAGCGACACCAAAAAUCUGCCGCCUAAGGUGUCCUCAUCGCCACCUGCCUCUAAACGGGCUUUGAUGAAACAAGGUCAGCAAACAAAAAUUAAAAGGUUUUUUUUUAAGCUGCCUUUAAAUGUCGGCGCUAGAAAUGUCUUCCACAGCUCGUGAUAACUGCAUGUGUCCGAAAGCUCAUGAAGCCGUGCAAACUUUUAUUCAGUUGUCUUCUUUUUAUAUAUAUAAUUUUUUAUUUGAUUUUUAAAAAAACAUAAACAUACGACAAAAAACAUUUCAAAAUCCAAAGAUCAAGAUUACUCUGAAUCUCCUGACUUCCCCUCCCAUCCCUUCUAUGGGUCCUAAUGAUAAUAUUUACAACUGCAUAUCAAUACUGUCCCAAGUUUUAUCCUUCUAAAUUUUCCAUACUUUCUGUUAGUUUACAAGUGUGGUUGAAAUCCUGCUAAUGUUUUAACCUGCUUACAGUGUUCUUCUAAAUAGAUUGUAAACUUUUCCCAUUCUUUUUUAAAGUUCUUGCCCUCUUGAUGUCUAAGAUUCCCAGUUAAUUUUGCCAUUUUAGCAUAGUCCAUCAACUUUGUUUGCCAUUCUUCUCUGGUCAGGGUUAUUUCCAACUCUGGGCUAGUAGCAGCCGUGCAGCUGUUGUCGCAUAAAACAAACUUUUAUUCAAUUGCCCGUCUCCUUCAUUCUGCUCUACUGAACAUUAUUAUGCCUGUUAUAGUUUUUAACAAGAUUGCUUUUAGUUCUCCACACUUUGUAUUUAUCGGUCGUUUCAAUCAGUUAAAAGAAAUGCAAAAGUGAAAAAGAAAUUAAAAUUGCCUAAAUGUUUGCAAGUAGCGAGCUGUAUUCUGUUCUGGCACCCGUUGUUUCUCCUUAACAAGUGAAGUGGUAUUUCUUAAAUGGUUGUGUGAUACAACUUGGUGUUUCCUUUUCCAGGUGUACAAUACGGGAUGAACGUGGCUGCCCCGUGGAUCAGAAACCUAGGUAUUAGAUAUCGGCUCAUUUUCAUUUAUAUCCCACGUAUCUUCCCUUGGAAGUCAAGAUGGUGUGCAAGCCUAUACAAAGUAUAAAGUUUCUUGUGUUACUGAAAUAUAUGAAAAAAUAAAAAGAAAUUGUCCAGUAGCACCUUAGAGACCAACUAAGUUUGUUCUUGGUAUAAGCUUUCGUGUGCAUGAACACUUCUUCAGAUACCUGUGUGUUACUGAAGUUACUGAACAUGGAAGAUUUCUGGGCACAACCUAAGUACAAAGGCCAUGCUAAGAGCCAUGAAUAUGUGCGAUUGUGUGAUCAGGGAAUUCAGUAUUCUGAGAAACCUCAGCUUUCCAUUACAAAAAAGGUUGUUUUUGAAAGGAUGUUUUCCUGUCCCUGUGACGGGACAGAUAAUCCUGCAGUGUACUCUGAUGAGCUGAAUGUGCUACAGAAAAAGCAAAUGGCCACAAAUUUGGAAAGAUUCGCUGGAAAGAGAGAGAUUAUUCAGUAAAAACCAAUAAACUUGUGGCACCCUAAAGACUGACACGUUUAUUAUGCCAUUUGCUUUUGAGGGCCAGAAUCCACUUCAUCAGAUGCGUGAAGUCUCAAAUUGGCAGACAAAUAUACAUGGUUGCGUGGGGGAGAAAAGUGAGGUCAGAGGGAAACAAAAUGCAGUGGUAAUUUCGUAAAAGUGAAAUAAUUUUCAGUCCAUCUGGUGAAUUCGUGGCUGAUCUGAGACAUGAACCACAGUGCUCACAGCCUGUGCUCUUUAUCACUAACAUGCAUCAGCUCUAAAAGAUCUAGGAGAUAAAUCCUUUGAACACAUUAUUAAAAAACAAAUUCUAGCUCCUCAUUAUUAAAAGUAUCUCAAAGUAGGUUACAAUCACAGUACAUUAGAACCUCGUGCAACAGAAAAAGCAGCAGGAACCACUGUGCUUUGAAACUAUUAUUACUGAGCAGUAUAUCAGUCGGUGGGUGGUUUUGCUUUAUUUGUUUUAGUUAUUUAUUAAAAUGCCAAACCAAGCACAAAACAAAAUUCAUCACAGAAAACAGGCAUGAAAUGUCUAAGCCAAGACAAAGAGGAGGGCUACAGACAUCACCAAUACAUUCCAGACUUUUGGUAUAAUAAGAAUUAUAACUAGUCUGUAAAAAAUAAAAACACCAGUACCAUGGAUAGUCCUUGUUUUCCAGGGGGCUGAGCUGCAGCAAACUUUAAUUUGGAGCGCUACCUGUAUUCCUCUAUCAUCCACAGCCGUUUAUAAGCCAAGUGGGGCUAGUGGAAGGAGGAGAUUGGUUAUGUUAUGCAUUGUUAACAUAAACAGUAAGAUCACACCAAACAGGAAGAAGUUUGUCCUUACAUUUUUGACCUCUAGAGGCUCUCAGUUUAUAUUUCAGUUUCUCUGGUAGGGCUGAUUCCCACACCUUCGUGUGCCUGUGAAAAAAUAUCCGCUCCGGCUAAUUCCCACCAGAAUCGGGUUAUUGUGGCUGUGGCAAUACGGAGAAUCCAUUGUUGUUGAAAUAUAAAUAAAAACCACGAGGGAUGAAAAUUCGCCAUAACAUCAGGAGAGACUGCUGACUUUCCUUGAGUAUCCCACGGUUCACUCAAAGGCCUGAGGAAUUGGGCAGGUCUCUAAUUGGCACCUGAAACUCCCUAAAAAGUUUCUCUCUUGGCAACUCAUCCUCCUCACUUUCUCUGCUUGGUUAAGCCCUGCCUGGCGCAGCUUCUCUGCCUGCCUGCCCGUUCGCAUCCCCUGAAAGUUGCAGGCAAAGUUGGCUACCCUGCUUCAGGCUUCCCCCCUUUUCUCUCUGUCCUCUUCCAGCCAGGCUACGUCCAUUACAGCUGGGGUGGUGGGUGCUGCGCUCGUCCUGGUUCUCUUGUCCAUCAUCAUCAUUUGCAUCAAGCGUCGGAAGCAGCAAGAGCGGAAGCACACUCUGCGGCGUCUCCUGCAAGAGACAGAGGUAGGGUUUGGCGGCCGUAACCUCUUUCCCCCUGAGGUGGGGUUGUGAGGAGAGCCUGCAGCAGAGCUCAUGGGAGAUUUGGCACGGUGCUUCUGGAUUUUAGCAGCCUUUUUAGAAUCGCUGCUUUAUUUCCCCACGUGGGGAAUUGCCUCCCUGUAUAUUCCAUGCUCAAUGGAACCUCCAUGUACAGGGGCAGUAUAUCUCUGAAUAUGAAAUGUUGCCAAACGUUUUAGGAAAAGGCCUUCAUCUUCAUGCUCUGCUUCUGAACUUCUGCAGACAGCUGACAGAAAGCCAGAUAAGACAACUGCUUCCCUGUUAUGCAUGUAUAAAAAGACCUAAAUGUAUAAAUAGUCCGAAAGGGAACUUCCCACUGAAUAAUAAUAAUAAUAAUAAUAAUAAUAAUAAUUUAUUAUUUAUACCCCACCCAUCUGGCUGGGUUUCCCCAGCCACUCUGGGCGGCUUCCAACAGAAUAUUAAAAUACAGUAAUCUAUUAAACAUUAAAAGCUUCCCUAAACAGGGCUGUCUUCAGAUGUCUUCUAAAAGUCUGGUAGUUGUUUUUCUCUUUGACAUCUGGUGCGAGGUCGUUCCACAGGGCAGGUGCCACUGCCGAGAAGGCCCUCUGCCUGGUUCCCUGUAACUUGGCUUCUCGCAUCGAGAAUAAUCUUCACAGGAAGUCCCCAGCACUGUUGUGUUCUCAUUCUUCUCCAUGUCCCCCCAAAUAAUUUUAUUACAUGCUUGUACGUGAGACUGACUAGGGGGCAGUGGAACCAUAGAGUUGGAAGGGACCUCAAAGCUCCUCUAGUUCAUCCCCUACUGAUGUGGGAAAUCCACUGCUACAUUACCCUUAGCAGGUGGCCAUAAACCUCUACUUAAAUCCGCACCCCCCCUCUGCACCCCUCCUUACUUUCUUUGAUGCUGUUAGUUGGUGGAGCCAUUGACACCCAGCGGAGCCCUGCCUAACCAGGCACAGAUGCGUAUUCUCAAGGAGACGGAACUGAAAAAAGUCAAGGUGUUGGGGUCAGGCGCUUUUGGAACGGUGUACAAGGUGAGGAGCGCUGGAUUAGAUUUGUUGCGUGGGCAAAUGGCGCGGGAAAGCCCUUGGCUGGGAACCCAACAGCUUGAGGACCUUUGGAAAUCUUUUCAGAGACUCAGUUUGAACUACCAAGCCUUGAAUCCUGUUCCUCGUUCACUCAGGAUCCAAGUGUUUCCUUUCAACGAAAUGUUCCCGUUCCAGGUGGUGAUCGCAUCUUCCCAGCAGCCAUUAAGUUGGUACUGGGGGGAAAUGGGAUUCCUUUGUCAGCUAGCAGGGCCACUGCAAUUUAACUUAAGAGUUCUGCCUGGGCUGCUGCUGUGUGCGAGUGCCUCUGGCACACCACAAAGUCCUGUGUGAAGAGAGGCACGGCGCUCUGCGUUGCCACACUAGGCCACAUCUUUCACUUGGGAGAUUUUCUGAAGUGUCUAGUAGGCAGUCUCCUUCCCAUAUUCCUGUAAUCAUCAUCAUCAUCAUCUUAAAAAACAAAACCCGAUGCAUUUAUUCAUCUUGCUCUCUUUCUCUUAACCAUCCAUGCAGGGAAUUUGGAUUCCAGAUGGUGAGAGUGUGAAGAUCCCGGUGGCCAUCAAAGUCUUGCGGGAAAACACCUCGCCCAAAGCCAACAAGGAGAUUUUGGAUGUGAGUGAGGAAGGCACAGUGACCCCUCUUAAUCCGGGUUUGGAUUUGCAGCCUAGUGGCUAAAGCUGAACCAGGGACAAGCACCCUGAGGCUCAAGAUUUUAACUGAGAAUAAUUGCACUGUUUCCUGAUGCGCCAUUUGUACUGUAAACCUAAAUGACUGCACAAGAAAGUGGGGGGAAAUCCAUCCAAGCAGCUCAGCGAGGCAAGGCACUAUGACUAAAAGAGCAAAAAGAGUCAAGGUGGUGCAACAGGAAUAAAACGAUAACAGCAAUUUGAAUAAGAAUGAAACACUGUGUAUGUGUGUGCGCGCCUGUGUGUACACACAUACAGGCACACACACACACGCACACAAACACUAUAAUGAUGACCAGCCCAAACCUUGCCUCCUCUGAAGAUUUUACCACCUCCAACCAUAAAUCUUGAGGGUGGCCCGGCAACAUUUCCUUGCAUGUAUGCUAGCUCCCUUGCAAGGCAGAGUGACGACCAUACAGCUUCUUGUUGAAAGGAUCAAGUUGCGCAUGGCCAAUGGCAAUAAAACACACAUGGAAGCCGUAAAGCUCAGUCAAGCAUUGUUUACUUGAACGGCAACACCAGUCUUGAUGGUAGAAGACUUAUUUGCAACUUUACUACAAUGCAGAUAGUAAGGCACACUUCAGUUGUACAUGCUGCCUGCGCGCAGCUCAGCAGUCUCUCCUCUGUAGGAAUCGCACAUGUCCACAGAUAAGUGCUCCAUUGCUAUUUAUAGCUGCUGUAGACGAGGCAAUCUUGCACCUCGAUGCUUCUGAGAAUCUUUGAGAAUCUUCUCACAGUUUCUGGAAACCGACAGUGCUUUCUCACUUGCUUUAACAUCCUCUUGGUACUUCCUCCAGCCCACCUAAUUGAAAAGCGGCCUAUGUGCCAUAGCUGCAGUUGCUGUUCUAACUGCAUAGCACAUGAGCAUCCAGUUGGAGAUAAAUUGAUAGCUACCAGUUCACUGCAUUGGGUCAACAGGUUCAAAAGAUCCCAGCAUCUCCCAGCAGAGCAAAGCAAAACCAGGAGAAACAGAGGAGGAGAAUAUGCAGCGCCUUCCAAAGUUGUUGUUCAAGAACAUCUGGAGGGCCACAGAUUAUUCCCUCCUGCUGUAUGAAGAUCACACACUACCCCUGAUGUUGUCUCAGUGUACCAGAUGCCAGUAUGGAAUCCAUGGGGCUUAUUGUCCAGAACAUGGAUGGGGAACUUGUGGUUCUCCAGAUGUUGGACUGCAACUCCCAUCAGCCCCAGCCGGCAUGGCCAAAGUGUCAGGGAUGAUGGGACCUGGAGUCAAAACAACAACUGGAGGGCACCACAUUUGCCAACCCUGCAAUAGAGAGAUACUGUCAAAAAUGAUGUAGGAGGGGUGGGGCAGUAAGAGGAUGGAGAAUAAGGCUUAAAAGCAAAAAUUGUGGGCCUCUCCUUUAAAGCAGUGCAGCCAGACCUUUAUAUCAGUUUGGAGCUGAGAAAUAGACCUCUAAUAAAAUAACUCCACCCUUCCUAUAUGCUCAGGAUUUCCCCGGGUUAAAAUGUCACCGAAAUCCCUCCAGUUGACUUAAUUGUCACGCAGGACACAUAAGCACAUCUCCUUUCAGCAUCUUCUCAAAGCUGAGCCAAGUAUGUUGCGGUUUCUCUAUUUGCUGUGCUUCCUCACAGAUCUUUUCUGCUCUUACUGGGUUCAACCUGCCCUCCACCAAUUCUCCUCCUGGGAAUGCCACAGACUCAAAACAGUCUAUAAACACUUUUUGUCAGCCAAAGUUACAAGCAACUUACACAGCAUCGGGCUUCCCUGUUGUUGUCACCCAUGUUUUGUUUGCCGUGGCUGAAUUCAGCAAUUCCUGGGGUCUAGUGGGAGAGGAUUAACAACCCCUCCUGGAUGUCUUCCCUCUAACCUGGGUUAGCAAACUCACACUGCUUCCCUCACCCACAGAGGGAUAGAAAUCUCCCCUUGAAGUCUGGCCCGUGUGAGUUCUUCUCCCUGAUCUCCAUCAUUAUUUCUCUUCUGAAAGGAGACCUCUAACACCCACCUUUCCUCCCCAGGAGGCUUAUGUCAUGGCCGGGGUGGGCAGCCCUUACGUAUCGCGGCUGCUGGGAAUCUGCCUCACCUCCACAGUGCAGCUGGUUACUCAGCUCAUGCCCUACGGCUGCCUGCUGGACUACGUGAGGGAGAACAAGGACCGCAUUGGAUCCCAGGACCUCCUCAACUGGUGUGUGCAGAUAGCAAAGGUAGGCGGAGCUUCAGUGCCGGGGGCGGGGCUUCAUGGUGAUUGUCCGCCUGGCAUGCGACUGCAUAGCCAGUUGUAUUCUGCCCCUUUCAGGACCCACCUCCUCUCUUCACCCACAUUCAGUUUUCUUUGCUUUAUCUUCCCCCAUCUUUCACCUCUUUAAAGGUGGGGGGGGGGAUAGAAUCACAAACCGACAAUCAAAGAAGAAAAUAGGGUCACAACGGAGGUAGUAACUGAAGAGAGCUGCAUUGUGAGGGAUCGUGGCUGGUGAUGGUGACGGGCUCAUUACAGAACAGACUUCCCUGUGCUUAUAUGAACCACCCCAAAGGGAGGACUUCAGCAGAUGACACUUGUCCCACCACUGCGGUAUUAAAAUGGAAGACUGGGCGACGUAACUUGCUGAAAUUCUUCCCCCUUCACAAAUACAAGUGCCCCGCUGAAUCGAAUACUCUUUGGAGGAAAUGCAGAAUAUGUGCAUCCAGUCUCUCUCUUGCAUUUUAAAUUUGCAACAAGUUCCUAGUCCUUAUGAGUUCAGCCCCCUGAUCCCAGCUUUUAACAAACCACUUAUAUUUAGGCUUAUUGCCUGCAAAUCCAUCCACACACGUAACCCCACUGCCACUCCCAAAGCAUUGACAUUUGCAGAGAUGUGAAGUGUAUAAUCCAACAUAACUUAAUGGUAGAAUGUGUGCUCUGCUUGCAAAAGACCCUUGCUUCAAUCCCUGGUGUCUCCAGUUAGAGGAAUGACAGCAGGACUGAGUAUAACUUCUGUCUGAGAUAUUAGAAAGCUGUUCUCGGAUAGUACUGAGCUACAGGGAACGAUUGCCUGGUUUAGUAUAAAGCAGCUUUGUAUUUUCAAGCAUAUUUUUUGUUUUGUAAGCUGCUGAAAAGGAACAAACCAGUUGAAUCAGGCAUGGAGGAUAGGAGAGCACUGCAGGAACCCUCCUUUCCCUUCUCCAAGCAAGUUUAGCAAGUUUGUAUCGAUGCCACAGAAAUUAGAAAUUAAUGUUAAUUAUUUUCUCCACUUCUGCCGUUGAGACUGAGGGUGCAUGGCAUCUGUUAUUGCACCUAUGUGUUUUUAAGAGCUCUAGAAACAGUUCCCCUUGGCUCAACUUUAAGGGGAUAGUUACUAGCAUUUCUUCAUUCUCUCUCAGGGUAUGAACUACCUGGAGGAUGUCCGUCUGGUCCACCGGGACUUAGCCGCCCGGAACGUCCUGGUGAAGAGCCCAAACCAUGUGAAGAUCACAGAUUUUGGUUUGGCUCGGCUGCUGGACAUUGAUGAGACAGAAUAUCAUGCCGACGGAGGGAAGGUUGGUCAGAGAACACAAUUAUGGAGCAAGUCCAGGGUGCACCUCCCUUUAAGACUGAGUAACACCCUAAAGGUUGAUCAGAAUUGUUUAGAGAUGGGUGCAGUUACAUAUCAUUUGAGUAGUGGGAGAAGUGCACUGACACUGUUAGUUUCGUCUCCUCCGGGCAAAUUUAUUUAUUUAUUACAUUUCUAUCCCGCCUUUCCUCCAAGGAGCUCAAGGUGGUGUAUGUGGUUCUCUCCUGUCCAUUUUUAUCCUCACAACAACCCUGUGAAAUAGGUCAGGCUGAGAGUGAGCGACUAGCCUAAGGACACCCAGUGAGCUGGAUGGAUGAGUGAGGAUUUGCACCCUGGUCUCUCAGCAUUCUAACCACUAGGCAGUAAAUAGGAAAGUGCCUUAUUCCAACUUAAGACAGUUGGCCCAUGUAGCUUGGUAUUGUCUACACCAGAGGUAACCAAUGUGUCACCCUCCAGAUGAUGUUGGACAAAGACUCAUCAUCUCUUGCUGGUUGGGGCUUAUGGGACCUGACAGUGCUUUUUUUCUGGGGGCGACGCAUACCCCUAAACAUUUUGUGAAUCUAAAUUUGGCCUCAUUGAGGAGCAGUAUUUCAAUAUGAGUAGGAAAAUGAGAGUACCUCUAAACAUUGUAUUUAAGAAAAAAGCACUGGGACCUGAACAACAUUUGGAGAGGGCACCAUGUUGGCUAACCCCAGUCUACAUGAACAGGCAAUGACUCUCGUGGUUUUCAGGGUGGUCUGCUGGGAGGUGGCAGGGAUUAAGGUUUUGCAUGUAAAGCAGAAGCUGUACCACUGUACUGUAUCAGGCCUGCUUCUUAUAAACAACAGCAGAGGGAGUGAGCCUGUGUCUGAGCUGCAACACUUUGAAGUGCAUGCGAGGGCCCACCUGAUCGAAUGAUUCUGCAGGCAAAACAAUUCUCUCUCUCUAGAAAAUAAGCCUGUUGGAGAAAAGGUCUGUGGCUUACUUCUUAGCUUGGCAUGCUUGCUUUCUAUAUACAGUGGUACCUCAGGUUACAUACGCUUCAGGUUACAUACGCUUCAGGUUACAGACUCUGCUAACCCAGAAAUAGUGCUUCAGGUUAAGAACUUUGCUUCAGGAUGAGAACAGAAAUCGUGCUCCGGCGGCAGCGGGAGGCCCCAUUAGCUAAAGUGUUGCUUCAGGUUAAGAACAGUUUCAGGUUAAGUACGGACCUCCGGAACGAAUUAAGUACUUAACCUGAGGUACCACUGUACAGGGAGAGUGUUCUCUGUGAAGGAGGAUUCCAUCCUGUGUCCCUAGGCUUGCCCUCUUGUGGUGGUACGGCCCAGGCGCAGAUUGACUAGCUCCCUAAGAACUAGGCCCAUAAGCCUGUUCUCCUGCCCCACACAAACACACACACAGCUGCUGCUGCUUGGAACCAACCCACAAGAGGGAUGGUUUGAUGCCACAGUGGUAAACUUUGUGCCAUUUGCCUUGCCCAGGUACCUAUCAAAUGGAUGGCCCUGGAGUCCAUCUUGCGCAGGCGUUUCACACACCAAAGCGACGUGUGGAGCUAUGGUAAGUGGGGGCUUGUGGGGACCCUCCUGUUCGUUCCUGCGGUUAAACGUCGGCUGGCACUUGACGGGACCCCCUUGCCUGUCUCUCCAGGUGUGACUGUGUGGGAGCUGAUGACUUUUGGAGCCAAGCCGUAUGAUGGAAUCCCAGCCCGAGAGAUCCCUGACCUGCUGGAGAAAGGAGAGAGGUUACCACAGCCUCCCAUCUGCACCAUUGAUGUCUACAUGAUCAUGGUGAAAUGUAAGAAGCUAGAGGUCUUGCAUGAAAGGAAAAAGGGUUGCAAUGAAAUACAGGGGCAAGGGGGGCAAGGCCCUUGGUUACUGUAGCCUUUGUUGUCGCUGGCACCCCAUAGCCCUUAAAGCAGCCUUUCUCAACCUUUGGGUCCCCAGAUGUUGUUGAACUACAACUCCCAUCACCCCUAGCUAGCAAGGCCAUAGCUCAGGGAUGAUGGGAGUUGUAGUCCAACAACAUCUGGGGACCCACAGGUUGAGAACCGCUGCCUUAAAGGGAAGUGGGGUGCCAGCAAGUUGAACUAUACCUUUUUCUUGGAGGAUCUUUAUGGUGCCUCCUAAGAAGGCCUGCAUCUUUGAACUUGUAUUUUCUGGAGUUUGAACCUUUUGGCUAAACGUUUGUAUUCAGAGCUUGAAAGUUCAUUUUCCAAAGGAGCUGGUUCCAGUUCCAAUUUGUCCCUUGACAAAAUGAACUAGUAGUUGGUUCAAUUCAACUUCACCCAAUGGAUCCUCGGCACGUUUGUUUUUCAGCGUUCAUAAUGUUACAGGCUGCUAUGCCAAAGUAUAAAAUACACUUAAGAAAAUACCAAAACACACAAGUCAAAUGUGAAUGGUUUAAUUUAUUUCCCCCAACAAUUGUGGUGUUUAAUCUUAAAGGCCCAAAGCGUCCAAAGAGUAAAGAAAAGCACACAUAUAAGAUAAUGAAGAUGAACUAGAAAUCAUUCAGAGUGCUAGCCCCAAAUGAACUUAAUUCAUAUUCAGUUUACCUGUCAAUUAUGGGAGCUACCUUCAGGGAUAGCUUAGGUAAUUUUUAAGUAAUUCAGCGAACUUGAUUAAACCGAACUAAUUCAUUCCAAGUGCUGGCUGUGCUUGCCACACAGGUUGGAUGAUCGACUCAGAAUGCAGGCCCAAGUUCCGAGAACUGGUCACUGAAUUCACACGAAUGGCCAGGGAUCCGCAGCGUUUCGUGGUCAUCCAGGUGAGCCAGGAGUGGUGGUAGGGAAAGACUUUCAUCCUGCCAAGACCUAGGCUGUGUUCAAAGGGGAUUUUUCUCCACUGUGUUAAAUUAGCUUUCAUGAAAUAUUUUCUUGUGUUACAAAAUGGACAAAUAAGCAGAGAAAAGUUCAAUUGGGGGAAGAGGGAGGGAGGGAGAAAAAUGGGGGGGCGUUGUUAUUUCAUUCUAUUACCUAGUGUUAGCAUCAUGUGGAUAGAUCCUUUGUGUGUGUGUGUGUGUGUGUGUGUGUGUACACACACACACACACACACACACACUCUGAGAGGUUAGGGCAGGCACCCCCAAACUCAGCCCUCCAGAUGUUUUGGGACUACAAUUCGCAUCAUCCUUAGCUAACAGGACCAGUGGUCAGGGAUGAUGGGAACUGUAGUCCCAAAACAUCUGGAGGGCCGAGUUUGGGGAUGCCUGGGUUAGGGGGUCCAGAACUUGGUUGGUUGUGUUCAAUUGGUUGCAGUGUGGCUUGUUUGUAUGUGUGUAGUGGGGCAGGGGUAGGUUGUUGGGUCACGUUAGCCAUAUUGAUUUGUAUGUUGUUGUGGAGGGGGGAGGAAUAGGUCAUUGUCUUGUUGUUUUGUGUAUAUGAUAAAGGGGAACCAUACUGGAAUGAAGGUGUCCUCCUUUGCUUGUCCCCAUGCUAGUUUUAAGUUUGUUGGUUAGCUUUUCUAGUAGGGGAUUUUCCGUCACUAAGCAUCUUGUUCAGUUGCAGGUAAGUGGUGGGAGGGAAGGAAUAAACACAAGCACGUAAAAUGUCCCUUGCUGGAACAGAUUAAACCUAUCUAGUCCACCCUCCUGCCUCAAAAACAGUGUUCAACUAGAUACCUCCAGGAAGCCCACAAACAUGAAGGGAACAGCCCUUCCUUGUUGAUUCUGCUGGCAGCUGGUGUAAUCUACUGCUAGGAGAAGCAAGGCAUUGCCAAAAGCGAGGGGUGAUGCUGCUGGUGUCUGUGAUCGCUGAGCCUGAUAGCUGCUGCUGCUACAGUCAUUGGGAGGCUUCUGAACACAUACUGUCUGACUCCUGUUUUAACUGGGCCUGGGUGAAUUAGAGUCUCUUCCAUGCCUGGGAUCAGAUUGAUCGGGGGGAGGGAAUUUUACUCCCGAGCCAGCUUAACAAAUGGCUGUUUAUGUAUGGCAUUCUUUGUCCCCCUGUAGCAUAUGGUGUGGCUCAUUUGUUUGAGUUCUUUAGAGUUAGAAUGGUGGAAUUGUAGAGUUGAAAGGGACUAUGAGGAUCAUCUGGUCCAGCCUCCUGCAAUGCUGGGAUCUUUUGCCCCUUGUGGGGCUUGAAUCCACAACCCUGACAAUUAAGAGUGUCAUGCUUUACUGACUGAGGUGUCCACUAACCUACUGUACAAGGUUGUUGUAAGAAUAAUGGAGAAGAUGCUAUGUGGGCUACUUUCAUGAAUCCUAAGCCCACUCCUCCUGCAGGAGCAGUGGAAUUCUCAAAGCCACAAAUACUUACUGCUGUCUAUUAGAACAUGCAUGCACAUUAAUAUUUCUGGUUGUUCCUCCUUGGCAGAACGAUGAUAAAAUGGGUCUUGCCAGCCCCAUAGACAGCACUUUCUACCGCACUUUGCUAGAGGAAGAAGACAUGCAAGAUCUGGUGGAUGCUGAAGAGUACUUGGUACCCCACCAGGGCUUUUUCAAUGGUGAGGCAUCUGCAGACUAUCGCUCUAGGAUCCCCUCAACCAGGGUAAGCAUGUGGCUGUUAUCAGUUUACAGUGAUAAUAGACAAAGCCAGUUUGUAUCCUGCUCAGGCUGGACUUCCCAGUGGGCAUGCCCUGCUCUCCUGUAAAGCGCAUGUGCUGGAAACUCGUGUAUUGAAUAUUUCAGUAAGUUUGCAAAAGAGAGAGCUGGUGACUAGCCCAUAGCCUACAGGCUGUAUACACAGCGGGUGGCACUGUGGUCUAAACCACUGAGCCUCUUGGGCUUGCCGAUCAGAAGGUUUGAGGUUCAAAUCCCCGCGACGAGGUGAGCUUCCGUUGCUCUGUCCUAGCUCCUGCCAACCUAGCAGUUCGAAAGCACGCCAAUGCAAGCAGAUAAAUAGGUACCACUGUGGCAGGAAGAUAAACAGCAUUUCCGUGCACUCUGGCACUCGUCACGGUAUCCUGUUGCACCAGAAGUGGUUUAGUCAUGCUGGCCGCAUGACCCGGAAAGCUGUCUGUGGACAAACAUUGGCUCCCUUCGACUGAAAGUGAGAUGAGCACCGCAACCCCAUAGUUGCCUUUGACUGGACUUAACCGUCCAGGGGUCCUUUACCUUUUACCUUAUACCCCCCAGCAAGACCACCUACCUUUAUUGGGGGGAGGUGUGGCAAAAUCAGAGGGCUUGUGAACCCUGCGUGUGGCAGUUCAGCCAAGAAAGAUUAGCCACCAUCAUAGAACUUCAUAGUAUAAUCCCCUCCUCAAUAAUUCAAAUCUCCUUCCCUGCUGGCCAGGGCUGCAAAAUGGUCCCUAAGCCUGAACUCUCAGCUUGCACUUACCCUCGGCGAUCAGGUUUCUACUUGGCAUGUGUUCUUCACAGGCAAUGCUGAAGCGCACACCUGUUUUUUACCCUUACCAGAGUACCACAGAGACUCCAAUGGAUGAGGAUGAACCUGAGCAACCAGCUCAGUACCCCUAUUUGGGCCCACCUCUGUUGGAAGAGCCAGGAGCUGUCAUUCCUGACUUGCUCGAAGGGGACUAUACAGGAAGCACUCUGCAGCGCUACUGCGAAGAUCCCACUGGUGCCUCGAUUAAUGAAAACGAGAGCCCAGAAGCUAAGAACUACAAUUCACCUGUGCCCUGCAGUAUGGUUCCAGGUAUGUGCCUUGUUCGUAAUGUAUGUACUUGCAAAAAAUUCAAUUGGGGAAUCUUGAAAAGUGUUUUGGUGUGGGUUUUGUUUUGUUUCAAAAACAAGCUUCUAGCCCCUGUGGCUGUGGAUUGCCAGUACCAAGUGUGGCGUCUUAUUUGAGGACUCGAAAAGCCAUGUUUGCUGUUAGUUUGGGUGGAAGGUUGGUGGAAGUCACCGUUUCCUGGUUUCGGCCAUUUGUUUUGCAUUUUUCUUAUCCCUGCAGAGUAUGUGAAUCAGCCAGAAAACAGCCUUCCAGCCAACAAAGGCCUUCGACCACCAGGAUCCACCCUAGAAAAGCCAAAGGGUCACUUGGGCAAGAACGGGCUCAUCAAGGAACCAAAGAACGCCUUCCAUAACAGCAGCAGCUUCAGCAACGUGGUGGAAAACCCAGAAUACCUGACGCCCUGCAACCUCCCUCUGGCCGGCCCUUUGCCUCAGGCCUUUGACAAUCUGUAUUACUGGAACCAGGAGACUCCCAAGAGCAACCCAGCAGAAUUCUUUGCCGGCUCUGCCGCUCCUGCCACCAACAGCUUUGCCACUACGCCGACGGCGGAGAACCUAGAGUAUCUAGGCCUAGCCGAAUCGGUUUCUCGCCCUAAGGACUUUGCGUGAGGACCCCUGUCACCACUGAAUCCUAUUUUUGAUAUUUAGGCAGCUCAGGACACAAACGAACGAACUAUUGAUGCAUGCAAGAUGAGCGGGAUUCACUAAGGCCUUAGCACAGCCCUCUUGAGGCCUAGUAGGCCGCUCCUUCUCGUCCUGGCAGUUGGGCAAAAGCACUUUGUUUGUGACAAUCUCCUGUCAUGCAGUUUGGGCAACCCAGGCCAACUGUCAUUUGACAUACAGCAGGGAUGUACAACAGGACGAUCGCCGGGGUGCUCCUGAUCGAUCCCCCCAAAAGCUCAACAACUCUGGUGCAUCCUCCCCCCAAAAAAGCUCAAAAACUGUGGGCAAUCCUCUCCCUGAAAAGCUCAACAGCUCUUGGCAAUGACAAUGAGUAGAUCACUGCCAGUUUUUUUAUACUGGGAGUAGAUCACGGUCUUUUGGGAGUUGGACGCGCCUGACAUACAGGGAAAAAGGGCUGCUCUUCUGCCCCCUCCCCCUCUCCCUUCGAAUACAAGACAAAGAGGGUCAGACCACUGACUGGGCUCAAGAACUAAGGGUGGAACGCUACUUUUUUUUUUUUAAGGUACAUUUUCAAAAAACAAACUUAAGGGUACUGACAUGAGGCGGGGAGGGGAGAACCAUGAGAUCGUGUGUUGUAAAAAAUGAGGGCAACGCAUGGGUGUCGCAUAAAAACGGUGGUGUGUUUUCUGUUAUUGGUCAUUUAAUGACAGUGGUAAAAAGGGAAUGUGCUUCCUUGACCUUCGGAUCGGGGCCAAGGGCACCUGCGUCCUUACAAGAGAGUAAAUUGGGGGGGGGAUGGAAUUGUGAUGUUCCUUAAACACAACAUCUUGGUGGGGUCUGGGGAGGAAGAAGAAAACAAUGUUGCCUAGUGGCGAGAGCCUCCUUCCCACCCCUUUGCCCUCUCAAGAAGAUUCCAGAAGACGCAGGUGAGGAACUAAAACCAACUUCAUUUCUUGGCUUGGACAGCUUGGCAAACUGAGAACAGUUGAGCAUCUUAAUUAAGAGAGAGAAUAAUUUUGGAGUGCUUCCCUAAGAAAUAACACCAUGUUUUGAACUCUCUUUUUUGUAUAGCGCCGCAUUUUAUGCCCUGGUGGUUGUUGUGGCUUCCUGUUCUGAGGCAAUGGGUGAAAAGGGAAGACGAGAAGCUAAGCUGGCAUGUUGUUUCAGAGGGGAGAGGUUAAGUUGCCCCAUAGAACCAAUAUGUAACAUGUAGGGGAACCUGUGGCCCUCCAGACAUGCCUGAACGACAACUCCCAUCAUCCCUGACCAUUGGCCAGGCCUGCUAGACAGUGCUGGCCCAAUAUAUUUUGGCACCUGAGAUGAACCACAAAAUGGCUCACCACCAUUGAAGAAGGGAUCAGUGAAGAUGUACAUCAGGAACAAGGGCGGGGGGAAUAACGAUUGAUAUUGGGAUCUGCCACCUGAGGCAGUUGCCUCACCUUGCCUCUUGGGUGGGCUGGCUAGGGCUGCUAGGAGUUGCUGUUCAGCAACAUCUGGUGGGCCAAAGGUUCCUCACACCACUGGGUGGGGCUGGGUGCAUGCCUCCUAUUACAUUGGAGAACUGGAAACCCGCAGUGUGUAGCAAUGGGUGCAGCCAUUUAGCUUCCCGAGAACCAUAUUCCUUCCUUUUUGCUUUUUAAGAGAGAGAACUUGGCUAAUAUGUGCUUGAAAGUCUGUGGGCAAUGCCUGCUGAAAUCUCAGAAGCCUGAGAGGCGUCUAAAUUAAGGUUUCCAGAGAUGGGAGAUGGACUCCGCUCAGCUCCUUCUCCUUUCCAUGACAAUCAGAAAUGCAGAAUAACUAUGCAAAAUGGGAUAAAUGGUGCAAAAUUGCUCCAUUCCUGUAAUUUAUACAGACUGAGAAACAAUGCACAAAGCCCUAAAGCAGGGCAAUGGUACUCAGCGAAUUAAUCUGUGAGGACUGUACUUUUUUAUCUUUCAGACUGCACUUUGCCCCCAGCUCUUGGAAAUGUUUUGUUGUCAUUCCUCACUCCCCCCUGCAGUUAUGUUGAUUUUUGGAUACCUAGCCUGGAGAAUUCUGUUGAAUGUUCCUUGGUUUUGGAAUCUCGCCACGUACCAAUCACUCAUUACUUUGGGAGGGUGUCCGAAAGCAACUAGGACAGGAUGGUCCUUUUAACCUCAGCCAGCCAAAGACUGCUGGGAUGUAGAAGAAAAUGCAACAGGGGGCUUCUUAUGAAGAGUGGUGAGAAAAGCUACCACUGGCCUUUGAUCUAGUGUACCAAUCACCUUUUUUGUGGUCCUCACUGGUUUUCUGUGCCCUGCCUCUUUCUAGUGUAGAGGCAGCCCUACCAAUAAACAGGUGACAGCAGCUGUUUCAAUGUCUGGCUCCAGGUGCCAUUAAGGGCGGCAGAAAUUGAGAUGAUAAAUCCAACUCAUGGGGGCACAAGUUCUUCUGUACAAACCUCAUUGCAGCGGAUGGGCUUUCAGUUAAGUCUUGUACAGCGAAACAUCCCUGGGGAUGUGCAGCAAAGACACAUGCACACAUUGAUAGUAUGUGGUAAGAACAUAAGAAGUGUCUGCUGGAUCAGGCCAGUGGCCCAACUAGUCCAGGCUCCUGUUCUCACAGGGGCCAACUUGGGAGAAACACACAAAUCAACAUGAGUGCAGCAACACUCUCCACAGUUGUGGUUUCCAUUAAACUGGUAUUCAGAGGCAUGAUGUCUGUGCUGUAGAGGCUAUUUGGAUUUCUUGCUUCCCCUACUAAAGUUUCUUGAGCCAGCUCAAUGGGAGGAACAAUGGUGUGUUCCUCAGUCUCCUUACAUGUUGAGCUUGGCUGAUGAGAGUCACAGUCCAAAUUAUCCGGACAGCACCAGGUUAGAGAUAGUGGCACUAAGCUUGGGCCCAAUGCUCCCUAUUUCGUUGCCUCCAUUUCUGUCUUGUCAAGAUGGUGGACUCAAUUAUUGUCUAAAACAAUGUGGAAUGUUCACUGUACCUACAGCCAGUCAGUCCCCAUCCUUCCUCAGGGAGCGGAAUUUGGGGAAAAAAUUAACAGCACAACGGAUGUGGAAGUAUGGAUUUUGCCAAGAAACCAGGAAGCCGUCUCAGUAAGGGCAAACUGCCUGAGGAAGAAGCUCUCUGGAGCUGUCCCUCCUUGCAUGCACAAAGGUGAGGGGAGCUACCAUUAGCAUCAACUGAAGAAACACGUUUAGACUUUGUUUGUGGUGUGGAAGAAGGUGGGGAAAUGACUUGUGCCAUUUCUAAAGUUUGUUCCACCCUGACCCCUUGCCCUGUUCAAGCUCUCUCUCUGAAACCUGUGUUUUCCAGCUUGUGGGUACAUUGAAGGUAUUCUGCUGUGGGUGACUUUUAAAAGAAUCAGUUGUGUCAUAAGUAUUUGUAUAUCUGAGAAUUGUACUGUACAAUGGUUUUCAUUUUCUACACUAUUUGUCUUGAGUAAUUAUUGGAGUUUGUGAAUUUGGUAUACAGGGUGUUUGCGGGGCCAUUUUUUGGUUGGAUUUCAGCUCCCCUAAGUGAGGUAACCCGGGUGGCGCUGUGGGUUAAACCACAGAGCCUAGGACUUGCCGAUCAGAAGGUCGGCGGUUCGAAUCCCCGCAACGGGGUGAGCUCCCGUUGCUCGGUCCCUGCUCCUGCCAACCUAGCAGUUCGAAAGCACGUCAAAGUGCAAGUAGAUAAAUAGGUACUGCUUUGGCGGGAAGGUAGACGGCGUUUCUGUGCGCUGCUCUGGUUCGCCAGAAGCGGCUUAGUCAUGCUGGCCACAUGACCCGUAGCUGUACGCUGGCUCCCUCAGCCAAUAAAGCGAGAUGAGCACACAACCCCAGAGUCAGCCAAGUUUAUUGGCUUCCUCUAGAGCAGUGUUUCCCAAGCUUGGGUCUCCAGCUGUUUUCAGACUACAAUUCUCAUCAUUCCUGGCCACUGGUCUUGCUAUAACUAGGGAUGAUGGGAGUUGUAGUCCAAAAACAGCUGAAGACCCAAGGUUGGGAAACACAGACCUAGAGGCAGACCUUUUAUACACCAAUGUGAGGUUGCAGUCUCUGGUGGCAUUUUUGGUAUCACUAAGGGGCAGAGACCUGAUCCAUCACGGGCUCAGUCUGAAGGGAAGUUCUUGUAGAAGCCCAAGAUAUUGAAAUAAAUUGGCAUUGUGG